GAGGAGGCGGCGGACAAGGGCCUGGCGGCGGCGGCGGCUAGGCGCGCUCCACGUCCCGGAGAGUAAGAGUCGCCUCGUCCGCGCUCGGCAGCAGCGGAAGAGCCGAGAGGAGAAGGAGCGAUCGCGGCGCGCUGGCUGCCGGAGCCUCGGCCGCCUCCACCCACCCGGCCCCAGUUCCGCGCUCCUCUGCGGAGCCGCUCGCAGGCCCCGGACGCCCGGAAAGCUUUCCUCUCGCGCUGCCAGCCAUGGCCCCCGCGAAUCCGGACGCGGGCUGUCCGAGAGGGGUCCGAGAGGGACCUACGGAACGCGCCGCGUCCUAGGGGAGGCAGACCCGCCCCGGGAGGGAGCGGAGCGCGCCUCUCGCCCACCGCGGCCGCCUUUGCGCCUUCGCCCCAGCGCAUCCCCUGCGCCUCUGGCCAGGCCCACCCGUCGUACCCCCUCCUCACCCCCCUGCCCUUAUCCCAGACCCCCAGCAAGAGACUCCCCCGUCCCAGGAUUAACCCCCUCGCCAUCACCCCUCCGGAAGGCCUUUCUUCUCCGCGCCCCCGGCAGCUCCCCUUCGUUCCUUCCCUGCGCCCCGUCACCCCGGGUACCCUGCACACACCUGUAAACGCGCAGCCUUCCUUUCUCCCAGCGCCGGCGCCUUUUGUGCCCGAGAUGUGGGUCCCGAGGAUGGCCCCCCGCUCGCCCCUCUGCGGCCCCCGGUGCUCCCCAUUGCCGCUCCUCUCCUCCGCUUCUUCCCCGUCCCCCGAUGCGGGGCAGGGGCACAGCUAGGCGCCCUUGGCCCCUUACCCUUCUCGUCCCCCGUCCCCCUCCUGCCGCCCCCCAAGAAAGCUGAACGCUGCCGCCGUCGUCGUUGCUGCUGCUGCUGCUGCCGCCGCCACCGGGGGAGGUAAAUGAUGUUCAAGUACCGGAUCCGCAUGUUCUUCAACGAGCUGAAGCUGCUGGUGUUGAUGCGGCGGGGCCGCCCGGAGCCCGAGCCGGGAGCCGGGGGAAGCCGCGGGGCGCUGGGCGGCAGCGGCUGCGGCUGGCCCCCCUUCGCCGACUGCUCGGCCCGGCAGGACGAUGAGGCCGAAUACUACGGCGGCGGAGGCGCCGAGACCCGGCCGCGGAGCCUGGCCCUGGAGGAGAAGGACCCCCGACCCCAACCCCCCGGGCAACAGCCCGGGCAGCAGCCCGCGGCGGGCGGGGCAGGGGGAGCUUUGGACUCGGUGUCGCUUAGCAGCAGCUUGGAUAGUGGCAUGAGGACCCCGCAGUGCCGGAUUUGCUUCCAGGGACCUGAACAGGUCAGUGGGGCAGAAGUGCGGGGGGGGGGGACUGGUAGGGGGUUUGCAGCGGGCUGAGUGUGGGGUGCAGCCGGAUAUGGGGAAGACCCCCCUGCCCCUGGCACCAUGGCCUAGUGGUGGGGGUGCCCAGGUACCGACCUGGUGGUGGGAUGCCAGGGGAUCUGGGUACCAGGGAGGAGGGUGAGCAAACCCAGGUAUAGCCCAGGGACUGGGAGCCUGUGGCCUGCCAGAUUUUGCUGGACUUCCAUCAUCCCUUGAGUCCAACAGCAUCAGAGAGGCCACAGGUUCCCCACCUCAGGUGUGGCCUGUAUUGCUUACCUGGGCUCAGGUGAAAAACACGCACACACACACUUAUACAAGGCCAAGAUGGGCCAAGGGUGUUGGUUGACACCUCAUCAACGAAGUUCCCAAAGUGUGGACCAGGUUCUUCACUUACGAAGUGGCUGUCAAGGCUGCAGAUGAUCUGGGUAUGAGAGACACUGACCCAACGGAGGAGGAUGGUCUGGCCAGUGGGUGGGCCAGACCAUUGACUUGUGACUUAGCUUCCAGGAUGCCAGGUGAUUUGAUAUAUAGGAGCACAGACUGGGGUGUGUGCUGUGAGGUUCAUAUGGGAGAGACGUAGUGAUGCUACAGUAACGUUGGCCAAGUUGGUGGCAUUACAGUGGUACCUCGGGUUACAGACGCUUCAGGUUACAGACUCCACUAACCCAGAAAUAGUACCUCAGGUUAAGAACUUUGCUUCAGGAUGAGAACAGAAAUCGCGCGGCGGCGGCGGGAGGCCCCAUUGGCUAAAGUGGUACCUCAGGUUAAGAACAGUUUCAGGUUAAGAACAGACCUCCAGAACGAAUUAAGUUCUUAACCCGAGGUACCACUGUACACCCUUUUAGGAAAUGUUGUACAUCAGGAAGGGGGACCAGAUGUUAAUGGAGUCCAGCUCCCAUCAGCCCCAGAUUAUUGAAGUUGUAGUGCAACAACAUCCGGAGGACCACAGCUUCCCUUCGCUUGUUGUAUGCCCAGGUGACUAUGGUUCUUGGGUACUGGGUAUAUGGGGAAAUAGCAUACAUGUAGAGCAAGGUUUCCCAAACUGCUAUUUCCAGCUGCUGUUGGACUACAACUCCCAUCAUCCCCAGCUAGCAGGACCAGUGGUCAAGGAUGAUGAGAAUUGUAGUCCCAAGAACAGCUGGAGACCCAAAGUUUUGGGAAACCCUGAUGUAUAGGAUGCGGAAUCUGGGCUCGCUUGAGCUGAGACAUGAUCGCCUGCCUGUCCUCAUGGUCAUAUAGGUAGCUAGCAGUCUGUGGGAGGGCAUCACCUGUAGAUAUGGGUUGCAUUGGCAUUUGGGGACUGGAGAGUGCUUUGAAACUAUAAACAAGGCCCCUCCUUGCAUGGACCAAAAGGUGUGUGGUGUUUGGGAUACUUGGAAAGGUUGCAUUUCUCUAAGCAGGGAGGAUCAGAGCUGGAAGCUGCCAUCCUUAGCACGCUUACCAAGGAGUAAUGCCCACUGAGCAUACAUAGUGAGAUUUGGAGUAAACAUGCAGAGGAUCGCAACACGAAUCCCUUUUACUUGCAUGGACGUUUGAAUGCGCCCUGCUUUCUUAUCUCCAGGAAUUUCUCCUCCCUCCUCCCCCAAAACAGCUGCCUUAAGGAGUGCAGAGAGAUGGUUUUCUACGCUGUAAGACAAAGAAGGAGGCUUCUUCUUUGAAUAGUGCAAAGGCGGAGGGGUGGCUGGGGUGGGGGGGGGAGAGCUGUUUCAAGAAGACAAGAAGACUGUAAUUAGCUGCUGGAACAGUGUAUGAUGGAGAAUUUUGGAAUUCCGGCAGACAGCAAGCGGCAGGGGUGUUUAAAAGCUGAACCUGGGAAGAAGACCACACCUCCAGGAAUAGUCUGGUUGGCUCGGAGGCAUGCCUCCGAUUGAUCUCUGUUGCCACCUCUUGCAGCAAAGAGGUGUUUUCUAUUUCAGACAUUUCAGCAAUGGUCACACCAGCGGCCUGGGCUGAAGCUUUUGAAACGCACACAGAGGAGGAGAGCACCAGUUUGCAAAGGGGGACUGACUGUGUGUGCAUCUCUGUGUCUUUCUCCCCCCCCCCCCGCUGUUGUGCAUGAGAAACCGUACUGUAGACAAUGGGAGCAUCUUCCUAAGGGUCUCAAUGCCCUAGUUAAGAGGAGCUAGAAUGUACGAAGUUGACAUAGCUUGUAGCAUUUUCUGGAGGAUAAAAGGAAGGUGGCCAUUGUUUACCUUUGAAAUCCUUGGGGAUGCUGGAAGAUGUGUGAGGCAGGGCCCUAUCCUUCCUCUGGGCUGCUUCAUCCUUCCCUCAUGGGAACUCAUUUAAAUACAGACAGAAACUGGAGUGAAGAUUAAUUUUGUGUGUGUGUGGUAGAACCCGUAAUUAAUCAUGUUCUCGGAGAUCAGGCAGCCACAGUAUUUAAUAUUGACAAUUCCCCCAUGCGGGUUGUCCAAGACAAGGAAGGGUGUAUUCAGAAUGUGCUCGCACUGCUGCACUUGGAGAAGUUUGGUCUGGGGAGUCUUGUCUCAAGCUCUUGAUGCCAGAGCUUGCAGGUGAAAGCCUUUUUUGGCAAGGUGGGGGGCAGAGGCAAGCAGCUUUGCGCACAUUAAGGAGAGAACAGUCAUGUUGGGGGAAGUAUCAUGUUUGUGAAGGGCCCUCGAGGAAAACACCAUACCAAUGGCAACAUUGAAGGUUAUACUGGGGGAAGUCGGUCACUUUUAGGAAUGGUUUAAAAAGGUUGCGGAGCCCAAUAGAAUUGCACCUUUUCAAAAGUUAACCUGGAAUGACCAGCACUCUGUUUCCAUGCUUGUGAUUGCUGUUAUAGCUCCGAAUCACUUUGAAAGAGUUGAUUUAUGUGCGUGUAAGACUAGUGGGACGCGGGUGGCGCUGUGGGUUAAACCACAGAGCCUAGGACUUGCCAAUCAGAAGGUCGGUGGUUCGAAUCCCCAUGACGGGGUGAGCUCCCAUUGCUUGGUCCCUGCUCCUGCCAACCUAGCAGUUCGAAAGCACUUCAGAGUGCAAGUAGAUAAAUAGGUACCCCUCCGGCGGGAAGGUAAACAGCGUUUCCGUGCACUGCUCUGGUUCACCAGAAGCGGCUUAAGCAUGCUGGCCACAUGACCCGGAAGCUGUACACCGGCUCCCUUGGCCAAUAAAGCAAGAUGAGUGUCGCAACCCUAGAGUCGGUCACGACUGGACCUAAUGGUCAGGGGUCCCUUUACCUUUACCUUUAAGACUAGAUGAGGCUGUUGGUUCUUCUUCACCCAGUGCUGUCUCCUCAGACUGGCAGUGGCUGCCCACGAUCUCAGGUAGGAGUCUUACCUGUCCCUUGCUCCCUGAUCAUUUUCAGUGGCGAUGACCUGGAGCAAAGUUUGUGCUCAUCCACUUAGUAUAAAAGGUAAAGGUACCCCUGCCCGUACGGGCCAGUCUUGACAGACUCUAGGGUUGUGCGCUCAUCUCACUCUAUAGGCCGGGAGCCAGCGCUGUCCGCAGAGACUUCCGGGUCACUUGGCCAGCGUGACAAGCUGCAUCUGGCGAGCCAGCGCAGCACACGGAAUGCCGUUUACCUUCCCGCUGGUAAGCGGUCCCUAUUUAUCUACUUGCACCCGGGGGUGCUUUCGAACUGCUAGGUUGGCAGGCGCUGGGACCGAACGACGGGAGCACACCCCGCCGCGGGGAUUCGAACCGCCGACCAUGCGAUCGGCAAGUCCUAGGCGCUGAGGUUUUACCCACAGCGCCACCCGCAUCCCUAUCCACUUAGUAUAGCCCCCUCAAAAAUAGGAAAGUUGAAGUGUGCCAGGGAGUUUCUCAUCUGUGUUAAGUGGCGUGUGUGUGUGUGUGUGUGUGUGUGUGUGUACAAGAGAGGAAGAUGAAGCCCCGUAGGCAAAGAGUUUGGUAGUGUGAGCUGGAGAGAGGCAGCUGAACCUUCCGUGGAUGGGUUGUUUAUAAUUCUCAGCUGAGAUGAAGGCACAGGGAUAAGUUGGGAGUGUCGGUAGCCCAUGCAGAAAAUCCAUUUUCAGAUCCCCCAUCUUGCAUAGCUUUGAAGAAAGGAGUCUGUUGUGCAAAGGAUGGACACUUUGUUUGCUUCCAUCAUUAUACUGAAUGAUUGUGAACGAAGGAAACCCAGGUGGCUGUGCUAGUCUGUUCGUGUCCGGUGUGGUUGGUUUUAUGUUUCUGUGGCUAUGCACACGUCUGUUCUAAUUUGAAGGGCAGGAAUAAUAAUUAUACAUUUCCCUUUGUCUGUACAUUCAGAUUUGGAAAAUACCGUAUUUUUCGCUCUAUAACACGCACCAGACCAUAAGACGCAUCUAGUUUUUGGAGGAGGAAAACAAGAAAAAAAAUAUUCUGAAUCUCAGAAGCCAGAACAACAAGAGGGAUCGCUGUGCAGCGAAAGCAGCAAUCCCUCUUGCUGUUCUGGCUUCUGGGAUAGCUGCACAGCCUGCAUUCGCUCCAUAAGACGCACACACAUUUUCCCUUACUUUUUAGGAGGGAAAAAGUGAGUCUUAUAGAGCAAAAAAUACGGUACUUGAAGAUUUCCACAUCUGUGUAUGUGCUUGUGAAGAAGCUCCUGUGUUUAUCUGUGCUCACUUCCUGCAUUGAUAGCUGUGUGUGUAGCUGAAUUCACAUUUCCAAAUAUAUAUAUGUGUGCAUAUUUCACACUUAGUGCAUUAGUAAAAAUGGGCCUGAUUUGGGGGUGGAAGAAGAGUCUAGAUGUGGAGAAUUUCUAUGAGUAUAUGCACAUAUACAGUCAAUUGGCUUUUGUUCUGUAUCCAUAUAAUCACACCUCCAUGUGGCCAUUUAUUAGCAUGAAUGUGCACUUAUUGUAAAUGAUGUGAGUUCCGUUUUCUUUUGCUCUUGGCCUGCCAUGACCUGGAUGAUGUCUCUGCGGCUUAAUUUGAGCCAGGAUUCGCUGGCAUUUAGCCCCUGGGACCUGUUAGUAGUGCCAAGUCUCAGCCCUUUCAAAGUAAUGAAAUAAUACAUGGGCAGCUGAAGACAUUUUGGUGACUGUAGACAAGAACCAGGUGGCACCCCGCCCUCCAAUAAUUAACUUGAGGUGGAACCCAGUUAGCACCCUUGUGCAGUUCCCUUUGUUUCAGUGGAGCUUGUGCAGGAGAACUUCCCUGUUGGCACGUGACACACUAGCAUCUGCUCUGCCUCCCUUACAGCCUCAUCCUGUGUCUCUUUUUACUCUCUAGUAAGCCCCACUGUAUUCAGUUGGGUUCCCACCCCAGUAAGCAUGCAUAGCAUAACAGGCUUCGGACUUGACACUUGUUACUAUUGGGGGCUUUCAUCCCAUUGCGAAAAAGCAGGUGUGGGAGCCUCAAGUUUGGCUUGUCUCCUCCGCCCAAGCCCUGUACCAGCUCUUUAUUUUAAGCGCAUCAUCCAUGCCAGGGCUAACACAUGUGAGAUCUAGUUUGGCCCUUAAUGGCAUUCAGUCUUGCCUCUCCAUGCCUUAGGGUGGUGCCUACUGGGGCCGCUUCACUUACUGCAGGGGUCAGCAGACUUUUUCAGCAGGGGGCCGGUCCACUGUCCCUCAGACCUUGUGGGGGGCCGGACUAUAUUUUGGAAGAAAAAAAUAAUGGACAAAUUCCUAUGCCCCACAAAGAACCCAGAGAUGCAUUUUAAAUAAAAGCACACAUUCUACUCAUGUAAAAACAUGCUGAUUCCUGGACCGUCCGUGGACCGGAUUUAGAAGGUGAUUGGGCCGGAUCCAGCCUUAGUUUGCCUACCCAUGACAUAUUGCAUUGUUUAGAUGCAUGUUUGUGUAUGUAUGCAUGCAGCUGCAACAAGCAGGUGUUUUGCAAACAUGUAUAUUGUGGAGGCAUGCUACUCGGACCUGCGAUGGGCUGCAGGCUCUCUGCUGAGUGCACACUCAGGGACCGACCUAGGUUUCCCUCUGCAUAAUGUAUGAAAAAGCACUCCGCUUAACAAUGAGGAUAAAUUAAAGGUUGAAAGGCCUGCCCUGAACUAUCGAAUUGACUGUGAUUGGCUCAGGACAGCAGCCUGAAAUAGGAAAGUGUUGCUGGCUUCAUGGGAGGGCCAGAAGGAGAGUAUGUAUUCUGAGCAGCAAGUGGCAGGAUUGUGGGAAAAUUAAUUGGAACUUGAUGCUUACGAACGAACAAAUGAAUAUUCCUUGCUGCAAAGUUCAGAGGACACAGCCUGGGAAUGCUGGGACCUUAGCUAGCUGGGCUGACCUGCAAAGCAAGUGCUUAAGUUUUGUAUAAAAGGUAAAGGUAAAGGACCCCUGACAGUUAAGUCCAGUCAUGAAUGACACUGGGGUUGCGGUGCUCAUCUCGCUUUACUGGCCGAGGGAGCUGACGUUUGUCCGCAGACCGUUUUUCCAGGUCAUGUGGCCAGCGUGACUAAGCCGCUUCAGAGCAACGCCAUUUACCUUUCCGCUGGAGUGGUACCUAUUUAUCUACUUGCGCUUUGACAUGCUUUUGAACUGCUAGGUUGGCAGGAGCUGGGACCGAGCAACGGGAGCUCACCCUGUCGCAGGGAUUCGAACCGCCAACCUUCCGAUCGGCAAGCCCUAGGCUCAGUGGUUUAGACCACAGCGCCACCCGCGUCCCUAAGUUUUGUAUAGCAUCUGAUUAUUUAGGAAUAUUAUGAAUGAAUUAGGGACUGUUUAGCAACUGCUGCCUGGGGCUGAUAGGAUCUGGAAUCCAACAAAAUCUGGAGUCCACAGGCUCUCCAUUCCUGCCCUAAGGCUCGGAUUGGGAAUCUUCAGGGUUUUGCACAACUAUCCCACAUAGCAAACCACUCUCAGUCUGCAGGUAAGAGGGUUCUCCGGAUAAUGAAAUAGUUCUGUGCCGUGUUGUGACCUGCCUACUCUCACUUGCCAUUGGUUCUUUCACCUGAAAGGACUAUAAAAUGUUCUGGGUCAGGCAGGCCUUAGUGACAGCAGUUUCCACUGUGCCUAUCCAGUUGCAAGAUCUAAUGUCUGCCACCUUAGAAUCAUUUAAUCAUGGAGCUGGAAGGGACCAGAAGGGUCAUCUAGGUCAGCUCCCUGCAAUGCAGGAAUCUUUUGUCCAAAGUGGGGCUCAGACCCACAGCACUGCGAUUAAGAGUCUCAUGCUCUACCAACUGAGCAGCUCUGAGCUAUUUGACAUUAUCCUGCAGUAGUUAAGGUCUGAAUGAUUUGAACCCAUGUCUCCCAGCCUGGCCUUGGGAAGUGUUGUUUUCUUCAGGCCCCUCACUUUGAGUCGGAAGAGUUUUGGAGAAGAGCGACAAGAACGAUUAGAGGAACAAACAAUUUCCCUCAUGAGGAAAGAUUAAAUGUGAAUAUGUUGUGUCUGAGAGAGGAUGCGUAAGAGCAUUUUCUACAGAUAGAUCAAAAGGGGCAAGAAAGCUGUGAGUACAAGAUAUAACACACCCCAAAAUGGAUAGCAAAUAGAUUUAGAUCAUAAAUCCGGCCCUCUAAGCAUGCCUGACUGGAUUAUGGGUUUAGGCUAGAAAUCAGAACCAUGAAUCGCUGCAAACCAUGAUGGCAACAAGGAACAUCAUUGGAUCCAUUUAUUUAUUUAUUUAUUUAUUUAUUGCACUUGUAUUCUGCACUUUUGCAGAAAGGUCUAGGAAACAUAUAGGCAUGUAGACCGAGACCACAUCCUUGUUCUGGUGGCUAACCCCAAGUGUGGGGACUCAGUGGUUGUCGGUCAUGCUUGCUGGGGAUGAUGGGUGUUGUAGUUCAGGGACAAAGUUUUCCCACACCUGGGCUACCCGUUACCAAUAUAGAGUCGACUGUCAUUUUCCUCCUAACUCAUCAGCCUCACAUAUAAACAGAGAUUCCAGCUGGGCCUUGGAAGUCUGGAUUUAGUGUCUGAUGUUUUCUUCUGUAGUGCGUAUAGAAGAGAAACGUCUCUCUGGAAUGCAACAAAAAGCCAAGUUUCAGGACUCAUGGGCUCUGCUUUUUGGAAGUAGGGAUGUUUUGGAUGUUUGGGUGACAGAAUCGAAUCUUCAGAGUGCCAAGCAGUUAGGUGGGAGAUGUCAGCAAGCUUUCUAUUGCUGCCAUUUUGCAGAGCCAAUUAGACACCGAGCAACUUAAUGCCUACAGAUACUUCUCGAUAGUGGUAAUUAGUGUAUGGAAUUCACUGUCACAUGACAAGCAAACCAUGAUCUGUAGCCGGGGCUUGUUGCAGUGAAAGAAACCACAAACACUAGUUUGGGCACACAGCUGUCAACUUUUCCCUUUUCUAGCGAGGAAUCCUAUUCGGAAUAAGGGAAUUUCCCUUAAGAAAAAGGGAAACAUUGACAGCUAUGGUUUGGACAGGACAGUUAGUCAAGGACUGUGGUUUGCUUCCUCCGUGCACUCGAAGGAUGGAGCAGAGUUGCCCAGGUUGCCGUCUUAAAUCAUGACCUGUUGCUUUACUGUGAUGCACAAAUUAUUGGUAAGGAAUAUUAAGAUGCUUCCACCGCAGACUGAAGGCUGAAAUGGAAGUAACCUACUAUGCUGGUAAUUCGGGGCUUCUUUAAUAGGUGGGAUCCCAGUUUCGGAAUGCUCUCCCUAAGGAAACUCGCCUGGUGCCUGCAUUGCUAUCUUUGCAGCAUCAAGUUAAGACUUGUCUGUUGUUGUCCAGGCCUUUUACAAUCUGCCUUUAAGUCCCUCUGGUGUGGUUGGUGGUUUUAGUGUCUGGUGGCUUUUUUUAGUUUUGCGCUGUCCAUCAUAUGUUGUGUUGCUGCUGCUGCUGUUGGUUUUUUAAUGUGGUUGCUUCUCAAGUUUAUUGUGCUUUUAUGGAAGUAUGGCUUUAUGGUUACGUUUUUAUUCUGCUUUUUUUGGGGGGGGGGUCUAUAUACAACGCCUAGGGGAUUCGUUUUACAACGAAUAAAUAAAAAAUGUAAAAGCUCACACGAUGCUAUGCAUUCCUUACCUUUUCAAACACUGUUGAAAUAUUUAAAUGUUUACGUUAUCCAACUCACACAAGUGUGCACCCACCGUUCCAUCCUCCCAAUUGCUUUGCAGUUUUUAAAAUUAAUAUUAUUUCAUGCAGGCUAUUCAAAUAACUUUUUUCUGCUGUUGAGGCUUGUUGGCGGAGGGUAGGACUUGGAUCUAGGCAUUUUGGCCCAGCCAGCGAUGUGCAGAGCAGCUGCGUGGCCAAAGGGAGACCUUUUCCUCUGUUCACCAGCUUCCAUAGGCUACAGUCCCCAGAAGCUUUGCAGGGAGUGGCGUCCAGCGGAGGAAUGAGUCAUUGGUGAGGCACAAUGCACACUGAAAUGUCACUUUAAUUGUAGGCUUGACUUACCAUCCUGGCUUCGGGGCAGCGGGCAAAACGUUUUCCAUCCCACGCAGAGCUGUCCCUGUGGGAGGUUUGGCUAGCCAAUCAGCAGGCAAGGCUAAAGCGGAAUCAGUGUACAUUCUGGCUGCCUGGGUUCCACCUCGGAAAAAGGAGGCCAUGCCUUUGAGCAUGUGCAGAGUGCCAUGUAACCAGCACCCGCAUUUCUGGGAUGCUGCCAGUGGAGUAGAGCAGUAUUAGAAACUGUUGUUUUGUUGUUGUUGUUGUUUAGUCAUGUCCGACUCCUCUUGACCCCAUGGACCAGAGCACACCAGGCACUCCUGUCUUCCACUGCCUCCCGCAGUUUGGUCAAACUCAUGCUGGUCGCUUCGAGAACACUGUCCCACCAUCUCAUCCUCUGUCGUCCUCUUCUCCUUGUGCCCUCCAUCUUUCCCAACAUCAGGGUCUUUUCCAGGGAGUCUUCUCUUCUCAUGAGGUGGCCAAAGUAUUCGAGCCUCAGCUUCAGGAUCUGUCCUUCCAGUGAGCACUCAGGGCUGAUUUCCUUAAGAAUAGAUCGGUUUGAUCAUCUUGCAGUCCAUGGGACUCUCAAGAGUCUCCUCCAGCACCAUAAUUCAAAAGCAUCAAUUCUUCGGUGAUCAGCCUUCUUUAUGGUCCAGCUCUCACUUCCAUACAUCACUACUGGGAAAACCAUAGCUUUAACCAUAUGGACCUUUGUUGGCAAGGUGAUGUCUCUGCUUUUUAAGAUGCUGUCUAGGUUUGUUACAUAAUCUAAUCACUGAUCCAUCCAGCUCAGUAUUGUCCGCACUGCCUGGCGAGGGUUUUGGGGCAGGAGAGUCUUUCCUAGCCCUGCCUGGAGAUGCCUGGAAUUGAGCCAAGAACUUUCCUUCAUGCAAAGGAUGUGCUCUGCCACCCAUCUGUGUUCUGCUCUAGUAGCUGGGGAAUGGUAGGCUGCUGAUAAAGGAGAGCUGGGGAAAGGGAGUGGGUCAGGCGAAGAAGGGAAAGAUGAGCCAGGGCAACCAGAGAGAGAAGAGAUUGUGGAGGGAGAAUGGCCAGGGAGGAGCUUCAGGGGUGAAGAGAAGGCCAAAGUGGUCUCUACCAGCCUGGUACCCGCCAUGUGUUGUUGGACUUCAACUCCCCAUCUGCCCCAACCCUUCCUAGCUGUGCUGGCUGGGGGAUGAUGGGAGUUGGAGUCCAACGGCAUGUGGAGGCUGCCUUGCUGGUGAAGGCUGGAUGAAAGAUUGUUGUUGUUGUUGAGUCGUUUAGUCAUGUCCGAUUCUUCGUGACCCCAUGGACCAGAGCACGCCAGGCACUUCUAUCUUCCACUGCCUCCCGCAGUUUGGUCAAACUCAUUCUGGUAGCUUCGAGAACACUGUCCAGCCAUCUCGUCCUCUGUCGUCCCCUUCUCCUUGUGCCUUCCAUCUUUCCCAACAUCAGCGUCUUUUCAAGGGAGUCUUCUCUUCUCAUGAGGUGGCCAAAGUAUUGGAGCCUCAGCUUCAGGAUCUGUCCUUCCAGUGAGCACUCAGGGCUGAUUUCCUUCAGAAUGGAUAGGUUUGAUCUUCUUGCAGUCCAUGGGACUCUCGAGUCUCCUCCAGCACCAUAAUUCACAAGCAUCAAUUCGUCGGCGAUCAGCCUUCUUUAUGGUCCAGCUCUCACUUCCAUACAUCACUACUGGGAAAACCAUAGCUUUUACUAUACGGACCUUUGUUGGCAAGGUGAUGUCUCUACUUUUUAAGAUGAUGAAAGAUUAGCCCUUGAAGAAUCCAGACGAGGGUUUUAAGGCUCUCUCUGUCCCGUCGUUCUGAUGUCACUUCCUGCUUUGCAUUGCCAGAGCCCACAAUUUCAUUGCUUAUGGGGAAGACCUAUGCAUUCACCUUUUCCUCCUGGAGCAGUCCUGGCUAAACUUGUUCUGCAAGCUGGCAGUGCUGAGCAACUGAGUUAGGGGACGCCUGGAGGCAAGUGUUAAUUGAGGGAAUAUUAAUAAUGAUGAAAUGAAUACAUAUUAAUGUCCCACUGCCACUCCAAAGGCUUUUGCCCAACCUGGAGUUGAAUGUAUUAAAUUUUAUUUUUAUUUUUAAUAAUUCAUGUCCCACAUUCCUUUCAUCAGGAAGUGGCUCACAAUAUUUUUUCCAAAAAAUAAAAAAUCAAUAAAACAUUGUGCAACAAUAAAUACAAAAUCUUUUUCCUGCAUUCAAGCCCAAGAAGUGCUUACAAAAGGAUCAAUGGACCAAUGCGCCUAUUUCCAUAGUUUUGCUGUGAACCUGAGUACCACAGUGUCUCAGGGUAAAUACUGAGAAGAUGUGCAAUGUUAAUUCUCCUUCCUCUUCCUGUAUAUUCAUUACAUCACUAUGCCUGCAAAUGAUUAGCUCAAAUUAUGCAUUGGUGUAUUUGGUAUUCGUGUAUUUGGGGAAAGGAUGUAGCUCAGUGGUACAAGAUUCUGGGUCCAAGCUUCCCUGGACCCAGGGAAGAAUUACCCAUGUCUGAAACCCUGGAGAGCCACAGCUGAUCAGUGUAGACAGUACUGAAUGGGAUGGCAGCUUCCCAUGUCCCUAGCCAUCUUGGGAUGAGAGGUGGCUUUUUCAGCCAGAAAGUGGAUUUUUAUAGCCAGAUGGUGACGUAGAAAUAUGUGGUCGCAAAGGGGCAGCAGCAGGGAAAAUAAAAACCCAUUCCCAGGGAGGGUUGAAACCCAGUUAAUCCACAAGCCAGUGGAAUAUUUGGAUUUUAGGCCAAGUAGUCAAGUAACAGGGACGUGGGUGGCGCUGUGGGUUAAACCACAGAGCCUAGGGCUUGCCGAUCAGAAGGUCGGCGGUUCGAAUCCCCGCAAAGGGGUGAGCUCCUGUUGCUCGGUCCCUGCUUCUACUCACCUAGCAGUUCAAAAACACGUCAAAGUGCAAGUAGAUAAAUAGGUACCGCUCCGGCGGGAAGGUAAAUGGCGUUUCCGUGCGCUGCUCUGGUUCGCCAGAAGCAGCUUAGUCAUGCUGGCCACAUGACUGUACACCAUACGCUGGCUCCCUUGGACAGUAAAGCGAGAUGAGUGCCACAACCCCAGAGUCGUCCGCGACUGGACCUAAUGGUCAGGGGUCCCUUUACCUUACCUAGUCAAGUGACACUCUUAAAUCCAAAUCUUCUGUUAUAUUUUCUUAUAGUCCGGUGGCUGGUAAUUCCAGACUCUCCAAGUGUCCCUAUUUUCCAGGGGCGCCCCUGAUUUAGAGAAGCUGUCCCAGUUCCUGAUUUGAUCCUGGAAUGUCCCACUUUUCCUUAGGAUGUCCUUAUUUCCAUUGGAGAAAUGUUGGAGGGUAUGGAGUUAUCUGGCCCUCAAGCCGUCUGAAGGCAAUCCUGUAUAGGGAAGUUUUCCAAUGUUUUAUUAUGUUUUUAUAUAUGUUGGAAUCUGCCCAGAGUGCUGGGGCAACCCAGUAAGACGGUUAGGGUAUAAAUAGUAAAAUUAUCAUUGUGGAAUGGGACAUCCCUAUUUUCAUUGGAGAGAUGUUGGAGGGUAUGUCAUUCCGUUUGCAGAUCGAAAGACAAUUGGGGGUGGACCUGGUGGGCAAAAAGUCAACAAUGCCUUAAGAACAGGGCUCCCAAAACUUCUUGGCCUUUCCUCUCUGGAGAACCAAAAUGGCCGACCCACAACUUCUACUGUUGCUUGGAGGACAUAACUACAACCUCUACGUGAGGGCUUGCUUUACUACCGUUUAACAUGUAUUUAGUGCCAACAGUUUGCCAGAAGUUGUACAGAACAUUGAAGUGACAGUUCUUUGCCUGAGGGACUGACAGCCUUAAAGUUGUAUUCAUACUGCUACUCAAAGUCUUGGUGAGGCCUUGCUGUUGAGUGGUCCAAAAACAGUGGUCUGAUUCUGCGCUGUCACUAUGGUGUAGUUGCUGUUGAAAAAGCACACGACAGGGGGAGAGGGAACCUUCACCAUCUGGGGCUAACCUGCCCCACAGCCCCACAUUAUUGCUGUGAUGCGGUUGUCGCCUGUAUCACAGCCUGUAUCAGUACGAUGGGGGUGUGGGCAGUGUUAGAAACUCAGAUAUAUAAGGUAGGCACUAAAUGGCUCCUUAAACCAAAGGCAAAGGUAAAGGGACCCCUGACUGUUAGGUCCAGUCGUGACCGAUUCUGGGGUUGCGGCGCUCAUCUUGCUUUAUUGGCCGAGGGAUCCGGCGUACAGCUUCCGGGUCAUGUGGCCAGCAUGCCUCUGGCAAACCAGAGCGGUGCACGGAAACGCCGUUUACCUUACCGCCGGAGUAGUACCUAUUGAUCUACUUACACUUUUGACGUGCUAUCGAACUGCUAGGUUAGCAGGAGCUGGGACCGAGCAACAGGAGCUCACCCAAUCACGGGGAUUUGAACCGCAGACCUUCUGAUCAGCAAGCCCUAGGUUUUGUGGUUUAACCCACAGCGCCACCCACGUCUCCCAAAUUGAAUGUCUAGCUACCAUUUUGGGGCAAGGCAGCUCUAAGGUCUCAUUUUUCAAAUGAUGGAUGCGAUUAUCAGUUGAACACCUGGCUGGUACAGAUGACAACCUUUGAGCUAGGUCAAGAACUUUGAGAACUUAAAGAAGAAAAGUCAAUUUAUCCAGGGACCGUCCGUAUAUCUAUUGGCCUAUUCUGACUUCUUUUUCUUAAUGGUGACACAGUCGGACCAUUCAUAACAUAAGAAUAUUCUUCACAACUGUGAGCAGGGCAGUGGGGUGGGGUGGGGUGGGGUGAGUGAAGACAAGCUACGACCAUUAACUAGAAUGUUGCUUACUGCUCCAGCUCAGGCUGCACAGAAAAAGCAUUUUGGUACCAGAAAUUAAUUCUGAAUGUGCAGAUAAAAUAUAACAGAUAGAAUUCUACCAGGUGGGGCAUUAGUGUGUGAAAACAGUCAAGAUCCAAUGAUCCCCAUACUGGAGCCCAGCAUAUUCACUUGGUCGCAAGUGGUCAAUAGCUCGGUGCAAAAUGUGGCUGGCGCCUGGCUAAUUUCAGACACCGGCCACAUUUAAUGGGGCGCCAGCAUGCACAUCCACCAGUGAUUUGUGUGCAGUGCUAGCACACUGGCAUUUAAGCACCACUGCUAGUGACAUGUGAACAGGGUGCUGGUCUUUGGACACCCAGUGCAAGUCACCUUUCACACAGAAAUCCACUCCUGUCUAGCUAUUUCAGCCGCCUAAUAUAGGUGGCAUUGGUUGUCUUGUUGUUGCUGUUGUGAAACAGUUGAGAGAUGGAAACCCUUGCAGAUCUACUGCAAAUUGCCGGUCGAUCCUGAUCAACUUUCUCACACCCCACACACCCAAAGCACAUUGCUCGCUUAAAGAAUGCCACAGAACUCAGUGCCAUCCUAGGGAGAACGGUGUUUAUUUGUUCUGCAGUUACGCCAUUCAAGUGGAAAACUGGCUUGCAUUGACGAGAGUCAACAGAAGCUUUGCAGACAAUAGACUCAUUGCAGGGAAUGAGUCAUUUUGCUGGGCGCAGAAUUCAGCAUCCUGAGAACUUAUUUUUUAAAUGUCCCUGGGUCUUAAAGCUGUGUCUUGGAAGUCUGGGUGCAGAGUAAUUUUUUUAUUUACUAUAUUGUUUCUACAUUUAAUUAAUUAAUGGCCUUGGCAGUGCUGUGUGCAUGUGUGUGUGUGUUUGUGCAAUGCCAAGUGAAAUUUCAGAAGCCAGAAGAGGAACCGGGCAGGAUUUCAAGCAGUCAGGGCUUGUGGGCCACAGAUAACUUUUUGAUCCUCCUCUUCUCUGCAAGAGAAGCAAAACGAAAGGAAGGAAAAUGGGCAUUCCUGUGCCUCUGAAUCCAUACAUGCCAAUUUCCCCUCCUGUCAUGACUGACACCCUGCCCAGUGCCCAAACUGCUCUGGAGUUCCUGCUGUUGGCAGUGUGGUUGUUGUAACAUCUGGAGAGAGCUUAGUAGCAUGGGGAAAUGGCAUCUUGUUGGGCGCGUUAAUUCAUGGUGUUGAUGAGUUUUGAACUGGGACUGAGCACAGCAAAGCUACCUUAGAUCUUGCAUGUGGCUCAGGUUCCUGAACCCUCUUUAGUUAUGCAGGAAGCAUGCAACUUUUAUGCCUGAGAUUGGCAGAGGUUAUGAGCCCUCCUGGUUGGCCAGACAGGGCUGGCAUUUACCGUAUUUUUCACUCUAUAGGACGCACCCAACCAUAGGACGCACCUUGUUUUAGAGGGGGAGAACAAGAAAAAAAAAAAUUCUCCCCCUCUCUGCUCGGUGCCCCUUCAGCGAAGCGGCAGGAGAAACGGAGGGGGAGGUUUUUUUUUCUUGUUCUCCCCAUCUAAAACAAGGUGCGUUCAAGGUGCGUUCACCCAAAGCGUUCCCACUGCACUCUGGAGGCUUCAGGCAGCUACCUUGGAAGCCUGGAGAGCGAGAGGAGUCGGUGCGCACUGACCCCUCUCGCUCUCCAGGCUUCAGCGAAAGCAACGCAUAGUUUCCGGAGUGUGGAGGGAGCGCUCCCUCUGCCCUUCGGAGGCUUCGCGUUGCUAUCGCUGAAGCCAAGGAGCCUGCAUUCGCUCCAUAGGACACACACACAUUUCCCCUUAAUUUUUGGAGGGGGAAAAGUGCGUCCUAUAGAGCGAAAAAUACGAUAGUUGGUGCAAACUGCAUAGCUGCCAAGAUCCAGCACCUCAAAAGGGCGUACUAAUAUCAAUCCAUGUCUAGCUGCCAUCAAGACACCACAAACACCAGAAUUGGCAAGAGGAUCCAUUGGUGGAUCUUUGGAAGCUCUUUGGAAGCAGCUAGGCAUGCCAGCGAGUGAUGGUGGUGUUGUAAAAAAAUAAAAACGGGGUUCACUUUUGCAGCCCAGCUCCCCAAAGGACUCUGAGUCCCCUAAGUCCAUGACUGGUCAGAGGACAAUGGCUGGAGGCAGGAACCAGUAGAAGGAAAGCAAGGAAUAUAUUAAUUUUCCUGUUGCAACAGAGACCCCCACCCCCGCCCUUUGCGAGGAGGUGAGGACCCAGAACAAAAGUGUUCAGGAACCUUCAAAAACCAGCCCCUUAGCCAAGACCACUCAAAAAGCAUCAUACGUGUUUCACAGAAAGAGGCGGUCUACAACAGAAAUUUGAGAGUGUGGCUUGUCUCCUGUUUGUCAAGGUAAUGCUUGCUGACUGAAAAUUACCUGGCCAUUCCUUUGAGAUGGUAAAUGCCUUAGUUCGUGAAUCCAGGUCACAGACCUACCCGAUUCAUACACAAAAUAUGCCUUGAAGACAGGAAUUGAAGGAUUUGUAAACAGAAGAAUGAUCGGGAAAGGUUUCCUCAAGAGAUUUCCUUCUGCAGAGGGAAUAUUUAAGAGACAUUUGGAGAGCCAAGAUAGCAUUUGGGAGUGUUCUGUGUGCUAAAAUAAAGUGUGGUUUUCUCAGGGAAUAUUUCCUAAAUUCUGAAGGGUUGUUUUUCUGCUAUGUGUCUGCACCCUAAAACUUUAUAACAGUGGUAGGGAGCAGCCUCUGCUUGCUGGCCUGUCCUUUCUUUCUUGGCCUGAUCCUAGCCACCCUAUUGCCCAGGGAGAGAGAGAGUGGUAUCAAGUAAGUGGGUGCAGGAAGGAGUGCCUUUCCUGGGCCAACCUGGAGAUUCCAGGGAUGUAAACUGGUACCUUCCCCAUGCAAAUUAGAUGCUCCAGAGCUACAUCAGCAGUCUAGAUAGGCCUUAGAUCAAGCUCCCUUUCACCCUACGUGUGGCGGCAACAGCAGCAGCAGCAGGUAGUUUGAGGUGAGGAGCGGAACUGAACAGAGCCAGCAGGUCUAUGCGCCAUGCUGCGAGCCCCUGAAAUGUUUCCACUGUUGCCUCCCACAUCCCAUGUGCUAUCGGCAGCCCUGCAGCUCUGCGGGUGAGUUUUGUGUGUGCGAGAGAGAGAGAGAGUGUGUGUGCGCGCGAGUGAGUGUAAGCAAGGCAGCAGCAAAGGGAAUUAGCCAGCCGUGAAAUUGCCGAUUACAAUAGCCGGCCGAGCCAAUGGUAUGUUCCUGGCCUGAGCUGGCAGAUGAGUCCCCAGCACACCUUUUCAGGGAAGAGGCACUGUUGCAUGCAGCAAUGGGUUCAGAGGAGGGCUGUGAGGUUUGGGGGCUUCCAGCUCACCUGCGGGAGGGAAGAGGAAGAAUGCCGUUUGGCACUCGAUGGACAGAGGGAGUUGUGUGGGAACGCACAGGUAUGCUGAUCUUCAGAAAGAAAGCUAAUAAGCAGAAGAGCGGUGGAAAUGACCCGUAAGAGCUGUGCUGGAUCACACCAAAAGCCCAGCAUCUCACAGGGGCAAGUAAGAUCUGAGUGCAACUGCCCUCCCUAGCAAUAGCUAGAAACUAGUCAGUGGUACCUUGGUUGUCAGACUUAAUCCAUUCUGGGAGUCUGUUCGACUCCCAGAACGGUUCAAAAACCAAGGCACUCAAUCGGAAGCCAUGGACGUCCGGCUUCCAAAAAACGUUCGCAAACCGGAACACUCACCUCUGGGUUUGCGGUGCUUGGGAGCCAAUUUGUUCAGCAACUAAGCCGUUUGACAACCAAGGUACAACUGUAUAUAGAGACGUACGGGCUCUGGAGGUGACACGUGGCCAUCAUAGAUAGCUGCCAUUGAUACCCCUUAUGCUAUAUUAAUUUAAAAUCCUGUUUUUAACUGUCUUUUAUGGGUAAUUUUAAUGUCUUACUCUUUUUGCCAGCCACUUAGAGGUCUUAUUGCAAUCAAGCAAUCAUAUACCUUUUGUUAAAUAAAGAAAUCCUCCAUGAAUUCAGCUAAACCCUUUUUAAAGCCGUCUCGGUUGGUGGCCAUCAGUACAUUUUGUUGUAGCGAAUUCCAUAGUUGAACUGUGUGCUAUAUGAAGAGGUACUUUUGUCCAUCCUGAACCUUCUAGCAUCCAGCACUUAGCAGAGGGACAUAGACACACAUUUCUUACCUCCUUCCAUUGUAGGAAAUGUCAGUUUAUUCUUACUGUUUCCUUCCUGUUCUUUACUCAGUUACUGAUCCAAAAGAGGACCUGCUCUCUUAUACCAUGACUGCUAAGCGUGCUCAGGAGUCUUUGGCAAGAGACUUGCAUUGGCAGGGGGUUGGACUAGAUGACCCUUUGGUCCCUUCCAGCUUUACAGUGCUAUGAUAAGGUAAAAGUAAAGGGACCCCUGAUCAUUAGGUCCAGUCGUGGCCGACUCUGGGGUUGCGGCGCUCAUCUCGCUUUAUUGGCCGAGGGAGCCGACGUACAGCUUCUGGGUCAUGUGGCCAGCAUGACUAAGCUGCUACUAGCGAACCAGAGCAGCGCAUGGAAACGCCGUUUACCUUCCUGCCGGAGUGGUACCUAUUUAUCUACUUGCACUUUGACGUGCUUUUGAGCUGCUAGGUUGGCAGGAGCUGGGACCGAGCAAUGGGAGCUCACCACAUCGCGGGGAUUCAAACCGCUGGCCUUCUGAUCGGCAAGUCCUAGGCUCUGUGGUUUAACCCUCAGCUCCACCCGUGUCCCUCAGUGCUAUGAUACUAUGACUUUAUUGAAAGCUUACUGAAAGUCUUGAGUACACAGGGGCUACUGUAUUCACACACCUUCCUCCCACCCACAUUUGACACUCUGAAAGAACUUUAAAAGGCUAGCUGGGGUGUUUUCAGAGGAGGGCUUAAUAUUAUAACUGGUUCAUUCAGAUAUCACAAACGGGUUGUUGGCACCAGUUGUUUGUUUGUUUUUAAACUUACUGGAUUUCCCCCAGAAAGAGUGAAUCUGGAUUAAAUAAAGGGUGGGGGUUAGGGACAGGAAUAGGGACUGUCAUUUUGAUGCUGAUAACAUUGUGUGGAUACUGCAAGAACUUGGCAUGCAUGAGGAACACUCAUCCCACAAUAAAUAUCCACCUAGAAGCACCUUAAAGUCUUACCCUUGCGGAAGCCAUGCUGGUUCUGCUCAGCAAGACUUGUUCUUCUAUACACUUGGCAAUUCUACCUUUAAUAAUGCUUUCUACCAUGCUUCCUAGAACUGACCUGAAAUUUCCCUCCAUCCCUUUUUCACAAUUGGUGUUAUGUUAAUCAUUUCGCUGUCCUUGGUUAUGGAGAUUGUUCUUCGGGACAAGUUAUACCUUUCUAUUAAAAGAUCAGCAAUUUCACUUCUUUUACGAACUCUCAGACGGAUGCCAUAUAGACCUAGUGAUUUGUCCUUUUUAAACUUGUCAGUGGGAUGCGGGUGGCACUGUGGGUUAAACCACAGAGCCUAGGACUUGUCGAUCAGAAGGUCAGCGGUUCGAAUCCCUGUGACGGGGUGAGUUCCCAUUGCUCGGUCCCAGCUCCUGCCAACCUAGCAGUUUGAAAGCACGUCAAGGUGCAAGUAGAUAAAUAGGUACCGUUCCGGUGGGAAGGUAAACGGCGUUUCCGUGCGCUGCUCUGGUGCGCCAGAAGCGGCUUAGUCAUGCUGGCCACAUGACCCGGAAGCUGUCUGCGGACAAACGCCGGCUCCCUUGGCCAAUAAAGUGAGAUGAGCGCUGCAACCCCAGAGUCGGUCACGACUGGACCUAAUGGUCAGGGGUCCCUUUACCUUUUAAACUUGUCAAUAAGACCUCAAACUUGUUUCUUGUCACCGCUGUUUAUCUCAGUUCCUCUGACUCCUUACCUAUGAAACUUAGUUCAGCCAUCGGAAUCUGCCCUACUUCUUCCACAGUGGAGACAGAUGCAGAGAAUUCGUUCUGCUUCUCUGCAUUCUCCUUUUUCUAAUACCCAGUAUUUUUCCUGUAGUGUGAAACAGACCCCAUUAUACCAGAAGGUCCUACGUCAUCUAAAAUCAAGAGAAGCCAAGCAAUGUGGUUAUCACAUGGUAAUAAUCAUACAGCGGAGAAUUGAUUUAGAUGAACAAUUGAUGGCCCUUUCGUAUUGUAAUGAAUGCAUCACAGACUAACAUUUUCCCCAUCGACAGCCACUGCCUGCUGAUUACAUGGCUGUUGUUGUUAUUUUAAAGCUCAGAUCCAUACAUGUUUGGGGGAAAGGGAGAAAUCUUUAUUUCCUGUUCCCUAUGGCCUGGUUAGAACUAAUUGAAAAGCGAGUGUUCUGUGAAAUAGUACUUCUCACACGGAAGAUCUGAAUUUGCUGUUGUGAGUCAAGUUAACCGCCCUUUCCUUACGUUUGGCCUGGCCUAGUCAUUGACGGCAGGCAGUGGAUAGUAAUAGCUGACCGGAGAAUUAUGUGAAAAUGAUACACAGGUGGUAUUUAACUCCGAGUAGGUUGGCUAAGAGGUAUAGAGCAGAAUCAGAUAUGUGUUGGAAAUGUAAAGAAAUGAAGGGAACGUUUUUUUUCGUAUGUUGUUGGCCUUGUAAAAGGUAAAAGAAUAUUGGGAAAUGAUCUAUAAUGAGUUGAAAAAAAUGUUUAAAAUACCUUUCCCAAAAAGACUGGAAUCUUUUUUGUUGGGAAUAAUCCAAGUGUCAACAAAAUUUAUUUAUGUAUGCAAUAGCAGCGGCCCGAGUUUUGUUAGCCCAAAAAUGGAAAGUGAGGGAGGUCCCAGGCAAAGAGGACUGCCAAGUUAAGACGGCAGAAUAUGCAGAUCUUGCAGGUUUAACAUAUAGAAUAAAAGAGCAAGAAGAACACACAUUCAAAGAAGACUGGAAAAUAUUUAUUGAGUAUAUGGAAAAUAGCUGUACACAGCUGAAAACGCUGGCAGCAUUAAGAUAAAGUCAACAGUGUAAUUAACGCCUGAGUGAUGUAAAAGUGGAUAACUGAUUAAUAUAGUUAUAGCAAAAUAUGCAGGAAUGAAAGAUUAAGAAAACGAAACAAGGAAAGAGAAGGAGGAAAGUCGUUGGAUAUUUAACAGUAUGUAAAAUGUUUAUUUUCAGAUGUAGAAAUGGAAAACGUAAUAAAAAUUAUACAUACAUAUGUGGGUUAAACCACAGAGCCUAGGACUUGCCGAUCAGAAGGUCGGUGGUUCGAAUCCCCGCGAUGGGGUGAGCUCCCGUUGCUCGGUCCCUGCUCCUGCCAACCUAGCAGCUCAAAAGCACGUCAAAGUGCAAGUAGAUAAAUAGGUACCACUCCGGCGGGAAGGUAAACGGCGUUUCCAUGCACUGCUCUGGUUCACCAGAAGCGGCUUAGUCAUGCUGGCCACAUGACCCGGAAGCUGUACGCCGGCUCCCUCAGCCAAUAAAGCGAGAUGAGCGCCACAACCCCAGAGUCGGCCACAACUGGACUUAAUGGUCAGGGGUCCCUUUACCUUUUACUUUUUAUGUUUCACUGCCCUGUUUGAAAUUAGCCAGGUGCCAGGCGCAUUUGGCAACUGCAACUACGUGGAAAUUUCUGAGCGCCAGCCAGCUUGGCGACCACAGUUCAAAAACCUCUGUCUUAGUCUACUGUUAAUAACCUCCAUAUCGUUAAUACCAUUUCCAUUUCCACUGUUUGUGUUUCUCUUUCUUGUACUGGGACAAGGGAAUUGUUGUAGGAGUUAAGCAACAGAAUCAUAGAAUUGUAGCACUGGAAGAGACCCUGUCCUUUAGUCCAAGCCCCUGGUGAAAAGACAUUCAGUUGUGGCAACCACAACCUAGAUUUAAGGUGCUAUUGGGCGCCUUUUUUCCUGUACCCAAGUUUCUAGCCCUGUUUACUGGAAUAGGCAAUAAGGACAAGACUAUCGGCAGCUGCUAGUCAGGAUGGCUGUUUGCUACUUCCAGUACCAGCAGCAAUGUGAAUACCAGUUCCCAUGUGCUAUUGCACCCAUAUCCUGGUGGUGGGCCUUGCAGGAAUCAUCUGGGUGGGCAGUGUGUAAACAGAAUGCUGGAAUUAGAUGGCAACUUUUGCUCCAAUACUCCAAAUAUAUCUAAAACAAUGGGAGAAAUUGGAAGGAUAUCAAAAGAGAAGAUAGACAGGAACUGGAAGGAUACUUGCAAAACCAUAUCGAAAAAUCAGAACUCCUAUUAGAAUAAACAAGUUCUGUUUUAAAUACUGAAAUACUAAAUAAGAUGGAUUACAAUGUGUAAUAGAAAAAGGAGCAUGAAAUUAGGUUAAAGGUGUGUGAAAGAAAGUAAUAGAAGUGGAAAGAAAUUGCAAUUCAGUAGAUUGGAAGUCUAACACAAAGGGUGAGGGGUGGUGGAUGGUGGUGGGAAAAGGAAUUAUCUGUGGGAUUGAGUGUAGGUAUGUUUUAAUAUUUUUAAGGAUUGUAUAAAAUGUAUGUUUGUAUGCUUGUAUAUUUGCAAUAUGUGUGUAUUAAUGCUGAAUUAUUUUAACAAUAAAAACUAAAAAAAAAAAAGAUGGGAACUUUUGCGUGAUCCAGCUGGGCUCUCCUUGUGUCCGUAGCAAUGCCUGCCUGUGUGCUUGCUUCUGUGCCCCUAGAAUAACUGCCCAACCUAUGGAGGCACCAUAAGUUGCUCUCCUCCUCCAAAGGAAACAUUUGGCGCAAAGGCAGCCUUGAGUUUUCUCCAUUGCUUGGGGGGGAAGGGGGAAGCGCAAAACAAGACGACUCAGCCUUUGCUGUGCGAAAUGUGAGUUUCUUUUGUAUCUUCAUAGUGAGUUAUAGUCAGGAAGCUCUGCAUUCCACCACCACCCCGAGCCUCAAGAAUAUAGCAAUGCUCAAUAUUGUUGGCUCGUAUCAUUGCUUCCCCCCCUUUUUAAAAGCCAUUGUAAAACAUAUUACCAUUAAAACUGAACAUAUGAAGGAAAGGGUCAUAAUUCUGCAGCAGGACACAUGUUUUUUUUGAAGCAGAAGGCACCAAGAUCUCCAGGAAGAAGACAUUCACUGCCUGUAGAAAACAUGCGGUUAGAGAAAAGGGGUCAAGACUAACUCUUACCCAGAUAUACUACAGUAACCUCAGGUUACAUACGCUUCAGGUUACACACUCCGCUAACCCAGAAAUAGUACCUCGGGUUAAGAACUUUGCUUCAGGAUAAGAAUGGAAAUCGGGCUCCGGCGGUGCGGCAGCAGCAGGAGGCUCCAUUAGCUAAAGUGGUGCUUCAGGUUAAGAACAGUUUCAGGUUAAGAACAGACCUCCGGAACGAAUUAAAUGCUUAACCUGAGGUGCCACUGUAUAGGUAUGUGAUGGAAGGGGUGUGUGUGUGUGUGUGUGUGUGUGUUCGUGUGUGUGUUCGUGUUCCAUCUUGUGAAGUUCAGACACAACCUGACCAUCUUAGUGACAAGUCAGGCCUGCAUGCUACGGACCUGAAAGCUUUAUAGCAGCUCGUGCCAGGGAAUUGGCUCUUGGAAUCACUUGCAUCCCAGAACCAAGAGCAUUUGUGGGCAGUCCUCUUGUCAAGCUGCCUGCAGUUUCAUCUUCCACCAUCUGGCCCCGGGGGGUGCAGGGAACAGAGAAUUGGUGACAGCGCCCCCAUUGAAACUGGUCCAGAGAGGGCCUGCCUUUAUCUUUUGUGCUGGCUCCCCUUGCUAUAGGGUUGUUGUUAUUUUCACUGGAGGCUCCUCCCACAUUCUCUCUCCUGGCCUAUCACCGACACUUCCUUCACCUGUCAAAGCUUGUCAUCUCAUCCAUAAGGACUAGGAACCUGUUCUUGUCUUUUGAAGUGAAGGCUUCUCUGGAAUGUGAUGGGUGCUCCCAUCCAUGGCAUCCACAAAUAAAGUCCAGGGAAUGUCGGGAGGUGGGAGGCUGCGGGCAACAUCAAAUGCCUCUGUGAGCAGAGCCUGCUUCCUCCCCAUAGCUGUCAACCUUCCCUUUUUUUUGCGGGAAAUUCCAGGGCCAUUUCCCGCUGCUAUCCCAGAUUGUUAGAUAUCCUGUAGACUGUCCCCAGGAUAGGUGAGGCUGCUGAUCCCUUAUUUUUGAGGCUCCCCAGGACAGGUGAGGCUGCUGAUCACCUCCAGACUGGAUUAUUGUAACUCGCUCUACAUGGGGCUGCCCUUGAGACUGACCCAGAAACUCCAGCGGGUGCAGAAUGCCGCGGCGAGACUCCUUACGGGGUCCUCGCUGUGAGAUCACAUUCACCCGGUGCUAUACCAGCUGCUCUGGCUCCCGGUGGAGUACAGGAUCAGGUUUAAGGUGCUGGUUUUAACCUUUAAAACCCUAUACGGCCUAGGACCCUCAUACCUAUGGGACCGCCUCUCCCGGUAUGCCCCACGGAGGACCUUGCGGUCUUCAAACAAAAACAUCCUGAAGGUCCCAGGCCACAGACAGGUUAGGCUGGCCUCAACUAGAGCCAGGGCUUUUUCGGCUGUGGCUCCGAUCUGGUGGAACGCUCUGUCACAAGAGACUAGGGCCCUGUGGGACUUGACAUCUUUCCGCAGGGCCUGCAAGACAGAGCUGUUCCACCAGGCCUUUGGCCAGGGCACAGCCUGACUCCCUCCUUUGGCAAUCUUCACAGAACUCUAACCCAAUGGUUGCCAUCAAUUUGAUUUGAAUUAAUUUUAUAAUGAAAUUAUUUUAGAAUGUUGUAUUAUUUUAUUGUUGUUAGCCGCCCUGAGCCCGGCUUCGGCUGGGGAGGGUGGGAUAUAAAUAAAAUUUAUUAUUAUUAUUAUUGUUGUUGUUGUUGUUGUUGUUAUUUUCGAGGCUGCUGAUCAGUUAUUUUCAAAUCUGAAAGUUGACAGCUAGGUUCCUCCCCCUUCCUAAAACAAUGGGAGACGUGUCUCUCCUGUGACUUCAGAGCCACAACCCACUCCUUGUGUACGGCUUCCUGCAGCCUUGCUACCCUUCUCUCUCUCCCCUGCCCCCCCAAUCUCAGUUAAUUACAUCCUCCAAAUGGCCACCCCAGCCUGCUGCUUCCUGCCUUGCUUAAGCAUGCCCUGAACUGCAGCCAUGGUUCUGUGGAAGGGGGUGGCUGGGUUGCAAGGAGGGCAGACAAGCUAAGUGUGCAACGGAUUAAGGAGGAAAGCCAGACACCCCUCCUGUUUUCCCUUUGUUGGAUACAGUGACCCAAUUUAGGAACUCUGUGUCCCCCCCAAUCCUCCAAUUUGAUUCUGCAUUGUGCUUCAAUCAACCCAGGCUGUGAGGACAGUGGCACAUAGCAGCUGUACCACCUGGGGGGUGGGGAGUGUCCAUUUUUUUCUUUUGUAGUCUUUUUUCUUUUAAUUCUAGCCCUAGAACCUGGGAGGGUGUAGAAAUAAGCAACUGCACAGAGGGAGCCCCCUCCCCCCCCGGGGAGGGGACACUGUUUAAAUCACCUAGUGAGAGGAGUCCUUUGUUGCCCAUAUUCUUUGAUAGAUCACCAGCAUCACUUUCUGGCAUCCAAAAGAGCAGCAUCCCAUGAGAUCAAGGCAACAACAACAACAACAACAACUUAUUAUUUAUACCCUGCCCAACUGGCUGGGUUUCCCCAGCCACUCUGGGCGGCUUCCAACAGAACACUAGAAUACAAUAACCUAUUAAACAUUAAAAGCUUCCCUGAACAGGGCUGCCUUCAGAUGUCUUCUAAAAGUUUGGUAGUUAUUUUUCUCUGACAUCUGGUGGGAGGGCGUUCCACAGGGCAGGUGCCACUACCGAGAAGGCCCUUUGCCUGGUUCCCUGUAACUUGGCUUUCGCAGCGAGGGAACCGCCAGAAGGCCCUCGGUGCUGGACCUCAGUGUCCGGGCAGAACGAUGGAGAAUGUCUACUCAGUUACCCUGCUGCCCCUUUCCCACUGCUCAGAACAAGACUUGGAUUUAUAACAUGGUGCCCUCUGCCGUUGGACUCCCAGCUCCCAUCAUCCCUUGCUAAGCGGGGCUGAUGGGAGUUGGAGUCCAGCAACAUCUGGAAGACACAGGGUUAGCAACCCCUGCACAGCAUGUUUGCUUUAUUUGUGUUUAGCAAACACUGAGGAUUGAACCAUCCCACAUAUCAGCUGGUGUGUGAGGGGUGUGUGUGUUCAUGUUCAUCAUGCUUUCUGUAGGGAUUGGGUGUGAGCUCCAGUUGCCUCUGGGAAACUGGCAUGAGCAGCUGAACCGAGCAAGAUUGAUGGGUUCAAUAGUGCUUUCUGCAGGGGUUGGCUGUACCCAUUAAACCAACCAUCAGCUGCCAUCAGGAUGGUGUCACCUGACUGACAGGUGGGGCGCUUUCACAAAAAUCUCUGAGCAGGUCAGAUUGGAACCCCUAGUAGCCCAAGACUGCCCCAUGGGCUGAAGGUUCCCCACCGGCAACAAUGAAGAAAUCAUGUGGGAACGACAGGAUUGCAUGAAAAGGGCUUGGUGGUGGUUUGAAGAUCAGAAAUGAGUGUCCACAUGGCCUGAGCAAAGUUGCCGUGCAGACUUAGAAUAGGGAUCAGUCUCCAGGACGAAUGUAUUGUGUAGAGCACAAAGCAGUACAAAGCAGCUCUGUUGAGUAAUGGUGAUUUUCCUAAGGCUGCUUUGAGCUGGUCCAUGUGUUAGGCUUUCUUUGCACAGAACACUGGGAAACGGUGCAAAACUUGCAUGUAGAUUGACAGAUGUGCCACCCCUUCACAAUAUUCUUGCCAAUGGCCUUCCUAAUACAGUGGCUAAAAUUUAGGAGCAAACUUCUACGACGGGCUUCCUGUGGCAAGGAGUUUCCAAGAGAAAGGUACCAUUAUGGAGAAAGCCCUGGAUGUCAGAUCCAUCCUCUGAGCCUCAGACAACAGGGGCAUAUACUUGAUGAACUUAAGGUGCAAGGAGUGCCCAGGAUCCAGACUGGGAAUUUGUAUUAUACUACAUGUUGCAUUGUGGUAGGCAUGAUGGGAAGCCACAGCCAACUGUGGUCUAAGCCACAGAGCCUAGGGUUUGCCAAUCAGAAGGUUGGCAGUUCGAAUCCCCGUGAUGGGGUGAGCUCCUGUUGCUCGGUCCCAGCUCCUGCCAACCUAGCAGUUUGAAAGCACGUCAAAGUGCAAGUAGAUAAAUAGGUACCUCUCUGGCGGGAAGGUAAACAGCAUUUCCGUGCGCUGCUCUGGUUCGCCAGAAGUGGCUUAGUCAUGCUGGCUCCCUCAGCCUGUAAAGCAAGAUGAGCGUGCAACUCCAGAGUUGUCCGCGACUGGACCUAACGGUCAGGGGUACUUUUACCUUUACCUUUACCUAGCAUCUAUACACAAGAAAAAAGGCUUUGCGAUGUUACCAUGAUGUAUAGUUUCAUGAGGAUUUCAUGAAAACUCAAUGUGUUUUUUAACCUGUUACUUUCUGGUGUGCUUUGAGCAUAGCAGCACCUGCCAUGAAUCGUCACUCUUAACUCCUUGCGCACAAACUCAUCCCCAUCUCCUUUACCUCUUUUUAAAUCUUCCCCUGUCUUGCCUCAUCUUCCUGCUUAAAUGACUGAAAAUAGAAGGCUGGAUUUUUAAUAAUUCCGCAGAGGCCCAUGACUGUAACAAUAGGGACAUAAUUGAAUUAUUCAAAGCUGCUUUUCUUCCCAAUAGUUAAGUGCCACUCAAAGGUCUGACGUAAACUUUGAAACGUUUUUCUAAUUUUGCUUAUCUUUCUGUUCCAUUCUCUUGCUUAUUGUUACUGUGCUAGAUCAGGGGUGGGGGCACUUUUCCUCAGCCUAAGGGCCACAUUCCCUUCUAGUGAACCUUUUGAGGGCCACAUGGCUGUGGGGGGCAGGGGCAAAAGUAGGUGGGGGGUCACUUAAUAGGGCUUGGUGACAUACUGAUUAUCCUCCAAAACCGGUUUGAAGUCCACAUCGUGAUAUCGGUUUCACCAUUUUUGACCAGGCAAUAUAUCACAAAUCAUUGUGGGUAGGCUAUGCAAAAAUCACAAUUUGAGAAAAACUGUGAAGCUGGCCAGUUGUCUCUACAUAGCUCCAUCCUUACUUCAGGCAUUGUGAUAGAUCAGUAUAUCACAAUGUUUAGCUUGUGAUAUAUCACAAUGUUGAAAACCAGAUAUCGCCCAGCCCUAGUCACUAAUGUAAUUUUUACCUUUUGUACAGUAGGCUGGAACACGGGUGACGCUGUGGGUUAAACCACAGAGCCUAGGACUUGCCGAUCAGAAGGUUGACAGUUCGAAUCCCCGUGACGGGGUUAGUUCCUGCUGCUCGGUCCCUGCUCCUGCCAACCUAGCAGUUCGAAAGCACAUCAAAGUGCAAGUAGAUAAAUAGGUACCACUCGGGCGGGAAGGUAAACGGCGUUUCCGUGUGCUGCUCUGGUUCACCAGAAGCGGCUUAGUCGUGCUGGCCACAUGACUCGGAAGCUGUACGCCAGCUCCCUCGGCCAAUAAAGCGAGAUGAGCGCCGCAACCCCAGAGUCGGCCACAACUGGACCUAAUGGUCAGGGGUCCCUUUACCUUUACCUUACAGUAGGCUAGCUUUUAUACAUGUACGCCCCUCUGUAUCCUCCACCCAUGCAAACAAGAGUCAACAUCAGAAUUCGAGGACCGCUUCUGUUAGCUAAUGGUGGUGGGGGUGCCUCUACAGGGGAAGCAGAACUGUAAAACAAUCCCCAGUAAAGUCAUCGUUAGAGAGAGAUUGGAACUUGGGUCUCCCAUAUCCAAAGCUCACCCUCUGCCCACUGGCCCGCUGAGCUAGGGCCAAACAACACAGAUAUGGAGAUGGUGCUGUUGUGCUCAUGUCCUUCUGGUCAACCACCUGAAGAACAGGAUGCUGGAAUAGAUGGGCCACUGGCCUGGCCCAGCCUGUGUUAAGCUUGCCACUUAAAUUGGAAGGGAAAGCAGCUGUGUGGGGCCCUGGUGUGGGUCCUUGUCUUGCUCUUUAUUUGGGCCAAGUGCCAGGUUUUUGCCAAGCCCCACCCUCUGACAGCUACUGGGGGCACGUCAUUCUCUUUUUUAUAUAGUGUAUAUAAUUUUUAUUACAUUUUCUGUUUCACAAUUUUGAAAACUCGUUUAAACACCCUUAAAAUAUCAGUGACUUCCCUUCUUCUCUUUCCAUGGUUCAUUUUGCAUAUCAUAAAAUCCCUGCAUAUUUUACAUAAACUAAACCACUCAGUAUUCCAUUAUUACAUCCAUCAAAACUUAUUUACACUGUUGAAUUUAUCUUAAUGCUGCCCACGUUUUCAAGUGUACACAAUCCCCCCCCCCCCAUAUUCAAUAAACACUUUCCAAUCUUCUCUAAACAUAUACUCUUCUUGUUCUCUUUUUCUAUAUGUUAAGUCCGCAAGCAGUGAAUAUUCCAUCAGUUUAAGUUGCCACUCUUCUUUGGUUGGGACCUCGCUCGUUUUCCAUUUUUGGGCUGGGGCAGGUCAUUCUCUGUGGAAAGCCAGCCUUGAGCCACAUGACUCCCUAGGUAAAGGUAAAGGGACUCCUGACCAUAAGGUCCAGACGUGGCCGACUAUGGUGUUGUGGCACUCAUCUCGCUUUAUUGGCCGAGGGAGCCAGCGUACAGCUUCCGGGUCAUGUGGCCAGCAUGACUAAGCCGCUUCUGGCGAACCAGAGCAGCGCAUAGAAACGCCGUUUACCUUCCCACUGGAGCGAUACCUAUUUAUCUACUUGCACUUUGACGUGUUUUUGAACUGUUAGGUGAGCAGAAGCAGGGAUUGAGCAACGGGAGCUCACCCCGUUGCGGGGAUUCGAACCGCCGACCUAAUCCAGUCAUUGGCUACCCUGCUUGCUUGCUUUCUCUGCAGCCUGCCCCUUUCUGUUGCUGUGUUCUUAGCAACGGGAUUCUGCUGCUGUUGGGAUACGUGGCCAGAGACCCAGUAGUGACCUCUUGCUCUGCCCACCCCCCCAGCUGACAGGAAUCCACAGCAAUUUCCUUGUCCAGGCAUAUAUCCCUAACCUAUCAUUAAUACUUCCUGCAAGCGAGCUUGAAAUAUUGAUGCUAAUUGCUCUCCUUGCCAGCACAUUAAGCAGGCAGCACUAACGAACCAGGCUCGCUUCGGUGGUGUGGUGGUGGUGGUUUCUUAAAUAGAGGAGACCUAAUGGAUCGGCAGAGCCUAGGACUUGCCGAUCAGAAGGUCGGCGGUUGGAAUCCCCACGACGGGGUGAGCUCCCAUUGUUUGGUCCCUGCUCCUGCCAACCUAGCAGUUCGAAAGCACAUCAAAGUGCAAGUAGAUAAAUAGGUACCACUCUGGCGGGAAGGUAAAUGGCGUUUCCGUGCGCUGCUCUGGUUCGCCAGAAGCGGCUUAGUCAUGCUGGCCACAUGACCCGGAAGCUGUACGCCGGCUCCCUCGGCCAAUAAAGCGAGAUGAGCGCCGCAACCCCAGAGUCGGCCACGACUGGACCUAAUGGUCAGGGGUCCCUUUACCUUUAAUGGACUCUAUGCUUAGAGAUGGCCGGUGUUACCCAGAAUCCUCUUGGUGGUGGUGAUGGUUUGUAAUUAUUGGUACUGGAUACUCCUACAGGCCUGGGUAGCUUCCGUGAAGUCUCAGCAGUGGGGUCCAGGAAGUCUGUAGCCAGUAAGCGAAGACCUCCCUGACUCUCCUAUGCUUUUUCCCUUGCAGGGGGAGCUGUUAAGCCCAUGUCGCUGCGACGGGUCUGUCCGCUGCACCCACCAGCCCUGCCUGAUUCGCUGGAUCAGCGAGAGAGGUUCUUGGAGCUGCGAGCUGUGCUACUUCAAAUACCAGGUCUUAGCCAUUAGCACAAAGAAUCCCUUGCAGGUAAGCCCCGAAACGGCUAAAGCCAUACCCUACGAUAUUUCUCUGAUGAAAUUUUUACUAUUUAUACCCUGUCCACCUGACUGGGCUGCCCCAGCCGUUCUAGGUGGCUGCAAACAUAUUAAAAAAAUACAAUAAAACGUUAAACAUUUUUUUUACAAACUUCCCUAUGCAGGACUGCCGUCUGAUGUCUUGUAUAGUUAUUUAUCUGCUUGGCUCGGGGGUCACAUAAUUCCAUACCCUCCAACAUAUCUCCAAUGAACAUAGGGACGUCCUAAGGAAAAGCGGGACAUUCUGGGGUCAAAUUGGAAACCGGGACGGCUUCUGUAAAUCUGGGACUGUCCCUGGAAUGUAGGGACACUUGGAGAGUCUGCUAAAACCCUGGUUGGUGAAUUACUUUUUUACCAGCAGGCCACAUGUUGCAGGGAGGAGGGGAGUCAACAGCAAAGCAUGGCAGAUGAUGCGCAUGUGUGUGAGCCCACAUACACAUCUAGGCCUGCCAAGCAGUCUUAACUACCUCAAAAAAGAUUCCGAUGGCCGUACAUUCCUCACCCAUUGUGCUGUGUGGUGCACAUUUCAGCUGGUGAAGCCUUUAUUGCACUUCAGCAUUGCUCCACCAACUGAGGGUAUGACUUUGGAAGCACUCAGUGUGUCCCCGGUGACUGCACACUGGAGAAAUCUGUCUGCCGUUCUCAAGCCUUCCUCAGUAAGGAGAUUAGUAAGUUCUCAAGGAACCUGAGGAUAUAUCCUGCAGCACAUUCCAAAAACCACUAUCCUGUGGCAUCCCGCCCCCUACUCCUCGUUCUAUUCCCAUUAUCUGGUUUGGUCACAGGGUGUGGAAAGGAACCAUGGGAAGCAGCAGCAUGGGGAGUAGUCCUACUCAGAGUAGACCCAUUGAAAUUGAUGGGUCUAAGUUGUGUCUAUCAAUUUCAGUGGUUCUGUUCUGAACAGGGCUAGCACUGGCUACAACCCUUGGAUCGGGCUGUAAAUAAUAAUAAUAAUAAUAAAUAAUAAUAACAAUAAUAAUUUUUAUAUACCCCACACAUCUGGCUAGGUUCCCCCAGCCACUCUGGGCUGCUCCCAACAGAUUAAAAACAGAAUAAAACAUCAAACAUUAAAAACUUCCCUAAACAUUUGUAUAUUUGUAGCAGAAUGGUUUUUGCCAAUGCCCAAGCUCUCUGUAUUGCAUUUGUUGUUCAUCGACACCCUAAGAUUCUGCACCCCUCGGCCUCAUGGGAAAAUCCCAUCUUGGCUUGUUCUGCCCAUCAUUUGGCAAAAGCACCCUACCGGCGUUCGCUCCCAUGUGCUGUUUUUCCUCCCCGCCCCCAGUGGCAGGCGAUUUCCCUGACGGUGAUUGAAAAGGUACAGAUCGCAGCCAUCAUCCUGGGUUCCCUCUUCCUCAUCGCCAGCAUCUCGUGGCUCAUCUGGUCGUCGCUCAGCCCCUCGGCCAAGUGGCAGCGACAGGACCUGCUCUUCCAGAUCUGCUAUGGGAUGUACGGCUUUAUGGACAUCGUCUGCAUAGGUGAGUGAGUCCAGCCAGCCAAGCCUGCUUCCGUUGCUUAAAACAAACAAACGGGAGGGUUCACCCUGUUUUGCUCUCUCCGCUAGCAUGAUCCCUGCAGCUUGCUAGAUGCAGGGAAAAGGAAAAUCAAUGCUUCGUCCGCUCUGUGAUUCCCUUGUGGAACUCGAUGCAAAGGAAUUUGAUGGUAGAUUUCAGGAGAUUUCUAACCAUUAGGAAAGGCCAGUUCUGAAGUAGUGCCUCUUGGCAGCCCAGUAACACAGGAAAUGAGAUUAGGAUGGAGAAUGUAUGCUUCUAUUGAGGUCAGAAAGCAGCUCUCUGUAGACAAGUUUUCUUGCAUCCUACUUUUGCUUGAGAUUGUAACGAUUAGCCACCGUGUGUUAAAAUCUCUUUCACCCACCUUCCCCAGCCCCUCUGGCGUUAUUAAAUUGCAGAGCUGUUUGUAUUCCUGGACAUCAUGCAAGCCUAUUGUUACCGCGUUCAGAAUUUGUCAACCCAAAAAUCUAAGUAAAUCAUAUAUACAGAGAGGGAGAGUUUAAGCAUGUGGAAAUGGUAAAUAGUUACCAAUAUCUCACUGGGUCCCAGGUGCAGAGGUGGGAGGGGCUGAAUGAGAUUUCCUUUGGGAAGGACGUGGGCUCCAGUUCUUUGCUUUGCUAUUUGCUAUAUGGGGUGCAGGUGGCGCUGUGGGCUAAACCACAGAGCCUAGGGCAGGGGUCAGCAACCUUUUUCAGCCGUGGGCCAGUCCACCGUCCCUUAGACCAUCUGGUGGACCGGACUAUAUUUUGAAAAAAUAAAUAAAUGAAUUCCUAUGCCCCACAAAUAACCCAGAGAUGUAUUUUAAAUAAAAGCACACAUUCUACUCAUGUAAAUACACACUGAUUCCCGGACCAUCCGCGGGCCGGAUUGAGAAGGCGAUUGGGCCGCAUCUGGCCCACGGGCCUUAGUUGCCUACCCCUGGCCUAGGGCUUGCCAAUCAGAAGGUCGGCAGUUCGAAUCCCUGCGACGGGGUGAGCUCCCGUUGCUCGGUCCCAGCUCCUGCCAACCUAGCAGUUCAAAAGCAUGUCAAAGUGCAAGUAGAUAAAUAGGUACCGCUCUGGCGGGAAGGUAAAUGGCGUUUCCGUGCACUGCUCUGGUUCGCCAGAAACGGCUUAGUCAUGCUGGCCACGUGACCUGGAAGCUGUAUGUCGGCUCCGUCGGCCAGUAAAGCGAGAUGAGCGCCGCAACCCCAGAGUCAUCCGCAACUGGACCUAACGGUCAGGGGUCCCUUUACCCUAGGGGGAAAUAUACAAAACGAACUGUAUCGGUGUUCUUAAUUUGCAUAGUUUAUAUAGGGCAAUGAAUGCAUACAUACAUUCUAGACACAGAAUUUUCAAACCCCCAAACUCAGCCCCAGAACCUUUACUCAGAGCCUGGGACCAGCCCCAUGCCUGGUAAUGAUAUUGUGGAGAGUGGUUUCUGAGCCUCUGCAUAGUACCUUGCUUUCGCCACUGAUGGCCAGUUGCAGCUUGCCUGAGAAUAAGAAUAAAAACCUGAGAGGAGGGAAGUAUGGCUUCCCUGCUGAAGUUAGCCCCAGCACCUUUUAUUUUAGAAAUUAGCCACUGCUUCUGUGGGAACCAUUUGUUUUCCUAGAACAGGAACAUAGGAAGCUGGCUUUGUACUGAGUCUGCCCAUUGGCCAAUCUACCAUUGUAUCCACAGCUUGCCAGUCGCUCUCCAGGGUUUCACGCUGGAGACAUUCCCUGCCCUGCUUGGAAAUGUCAGAGAUUGAAUCUGGGACUUCAUACAUGCCAAGGAGAUGCUCUGCCAGUGACCUGCAUAUUUCCCCUAUAAGUGGCAGGGUCAGUCAAAGCUCAGAAUGAUUACAGCACAUUGCAACGUCUCGCCUAUCCACACACACAAACAUCCCAAGGUGCUUGGAGGUGUUCGGAAAAUCAUUUGGAAGCAGGAAAAAGAAAACACACCCACACUCUGAACACAGGGGGAAAUUACAGCAAGUUGUAAGACGUAGGUCUCCACAGAUCUGUAUGGGUAAAAUGUCGGAAUUGGCUCUUAGCGCAGGCUUAACAGGCACAAACCAGCCAGCAAUGAAACAUUAACAAAAGCCUCAGUGUAGCCUUAUUUGAGUUCACCGAUUGGGUCUGCGUUGCUCCGGGACAGGAGGAAGGAAGUCAAAUGACACCGAGGUUGGUUCGAAGAAAGAGUUUAUUCUGCUCUCCAGAUAGCAGAAGGCACUUGCGUGAUCAAGUCCACAGCAAGUCCAAAGAAAUGACAAGUUUCAUGCAGUAUAUAUAUCCUCCAGGCACCCUCUCCCUCCUUCCCAUAUAAAUCCAACCACGUCAGCCUAUGUACGCAGGUUGACAUCACAUAUGUUCUUGCUCUGGUAUUCUUAACCAUAAAAGGGAAUUCCUUCCUGUACUUCUGACCUUAAAAGGAUCUUCCUCUUCCUACUCUUAUCUUGGAGGAAGAGGUUGUCAUCUCCGAGAACACGCUUUGGCGUUGUUCCGGACUUAGGUCUGUGCGUCUUUUGUGAUCAGCACAUAAGAUAAGGUACAGAUGUGUCUUUCUCUGUUCUACUGGUGCAGUCAGGGUCAUCCCUGCCGUCACAAACUGAUAAAGGAGAGGGCUCUGAGCAUGGCCGGGUUUUUGUUUAUACAUUGACUCAGAGCUCAAGUUAAUGGAUUUUAGCUAAGGAAAAAUAGGGAUUUUGGUGCAGUUUCAAACUGCCUGCACAGUCAGUUUUGGGUUUGGGAAACCCAUUCUUUCAUCAGGAGGCUACAGGCUUUAGAAACCCAGCUCUCCUCUCUUAAGGUUUCUAGGCCUCAUGGCUACAGAGAUGAGUCUUGAAAAUGGGAUGGCAAAAAUUGCUGAAGGAUCUGAAACAGUGAGACAGCUGAAGCCCAGACCCAUUAAAUAGCUCAAGGAUCAAUGGCAGGAUUUAAUUUAAAGGGGAAAGAAAUGUUAAGGUGUAAGCCACAAAUUGUACUUUGACGCACACCACAUUCAGGAAAGUGGUAACACAAAUUAUAUCAAUUGUCCGAUGCCGUAAUACACAAAUUAGUCCUAGGCCUCUAACUCAUGCAGUGUAUCUGCUGUGACCCUUGAGCUAAUAUCCUCAGAGGAAGGAGGAGCCGCCUGUCAUCUAGGCUGGCAUGUCAUAUUGUAGUUUACUAACCAUCCAGGCCUCAUCCUCUCCCCACUCUCAACCUCAACACAACCUUCUGGAUCCAUCUGCCCCCUCACUUCUGUUUCCCCUCUUGCGUGCCAAGCUGUCUAUUGUGACAUCAAGUGUAAUAAGCCAAUCACCCCCCUCUAAAUCCCUGGGUGAUUUACAUAACACAAUUCCAGUACUUUUAAUAUUCAACAUGAUGGGGGGGGGCAGAGAAAUAAUGCUGCAAUAACCCCUGGGUGGGGCGACAUUGGGAACUCAGUUGAACCCAUUGUAAUGAUGAUGUGUCAAAGGCUAUGCAUAGCAUAGCAAACAGCUUUUCAGAACCAGAGACUUGGAGGCACAGCCACAUUCAUUUUGUGGUGCAUGCAUCCAUUUACCGUAUUUUUCGCUCUAUAAGACGCACUUUUCCUCCUUCAAAAAUUAAGGGGAAAUGUGUGUGCGUCUUAUGGAGCGAAUGCAGGCUCCUUGGCUUCAGCGAUAGCAACGCAAAGCCUCCGAAGCGCAGAGGGAGAGCUCCCCCCGCGCUCCGGAGGCUUUGCGUUGCUUUCGCGUUGCGCUUCGGGGGCUUCAGGCAGCUAUCCGCAAGCCUUCGGAGCGCAGCAGGAGUUCCCGCUGUGCUCUGAAGGCUUGCAGAUAGCAGCCUGAAGCCUGGAGAGUGAGAGGGGUCGGUGCACACCGAUCCCUCUCGCUCUCCAGGCUUCGCUUCGCUGAAGAGGCGCUACACAGUUUUCCCUCUCUGCGCAGCACCCCUUCAGCGAAGCGGGAGGAGAAAUGGAAAGGGCUCCGUUUCUCCUCCUGCUUCGCUGAAGGGGCGCUGCACAGAGAGGGGGAGAAUUUUCCCCCCCUGUUCUCCCCCUCCUAUGGUCCGGUGUGUCCUAUGGUCCGGUGCGUCCUAUAGAGCGAAAAAUACAGUCAAUAUCUAUGGUGUUCUGUGGGGCUGCCUGUGGCCACCCAUUCAGGGGAUGGGCCAGACCCUCACUUGCUCCAGCAUCAGAUGCUCCCAGACCAUUCAGUGGCGCUGUGCACACACAUUCAUUUAAUUGUGUCUUCCUGUGAUCUCUGGACGUUUGGACCUGACUUCCUUUUCUGAGUGAAGAUAUUAAUCCAAGUGCCAGAUUUAUGUUUGUUUUGCGUGUUUGUGUUUUGAAAUAGUUCAUAAAAUACCUUGGGAAUGAAGCCUGAUUGCUGACAGAAUAAAGUUUAUGCUUGAACAGCAUGGGAGAGAUGGGAGACAACUGCUUACAGCAGACGUCCAUGUUGGGCUCAAUAUGGCCUAGUUGCCAUAGUGCCAUAAAACCCCUAAAUCUGCCUACCUCAGUCGGAGCACGCCAAUUUUACAGGUUUUCAUGCACAGUCUGUCCCCAGUAAACGCUGUGAGCAGCUAAGGAAAUUAAAGGAUGCCUGCCCGAUUCAGACCAAAGGUCCACUUUAGUAUGCUAUUCUGUUUGUCACAAUGCCAAGCCAGAUUCUUCCGCUGAAGCUCAGAAGCAGGACAUGAAAGAAGUAGUAAUAAUAAUAAUUUAUUAUUUGUACCCCGCCCAUCUGGCUGGGUCUCCCCAGCCACUCUGGGCGGCUUCCACAAAAACCAAAAAUACACUAAUAUGUCAUACAUUAAAAACUUCUCUGACCAGGGCUGCCUUAAGAUGUCUUCUGAAUGUCAGGUAGUUGUUUAUCUCUUUGUCUUCUGAUGGGAGGGUGUUCCACAGGGCGGGCGCCACUACCAAGAAGGCCCUCUGCCUGGUUCCCUGUAGCUUUGCUUCUUGCAAUGAGGGAACCGCUAGAAGGCCCUUGGAGCUGGAGCUCGGUGUCCGGGCAGAACGAUGGGGGUGGAGAUGCUCCUUCAGGUCUACUGGGCUUUUGAGGCCAUUUAGGGCUUUCAAGGUCAACACCAACACUUUGAAUUGUGCUCAGAAACGUACUGGGAGGCAAUGUAGGUCUUUCAGGACCAGUGUUAUGUGGUCUCGGCGGCUGCCCCCAGUCACCAGUCUGGCUGCCUCAUUCUGGAUUAGUUGUAGUUUCCGGGUCACCUUCAAGGGUAGCCCCACGUAGAGCGCAUGGCAGUAGUCCAAGCGGGAGAUAACUAGAGCAUGCACCACUCUGGCAAGACAAUCCGCGGACAGGUAGGGUCUCAGCCUGCGUACCAGGUGGAGCUGGUAGACAGCUGCCCUGGAUACAGAAUUGGCCUGCGCCUCCAUGGACAGCUGUGAGUCCAAAAUGACUCCAUCUCCCAGGCAUGUUCCCACCCCCAAACCCAUCAGCAAUAGAUUUUCAGAUGCAUCAUACCUCAAAUCCGAAAGGUGGCCUAUAGCCGUCAUGACUUCUAGCCACCGGUUGGCUCAGCCACUGUGCUUUUGUCUAACCCCCUUUUAAAGCUAUCUCCUCUUGUUGCCAUCACCACAUCCUAAAAACUUAUCAGAAGCGUGACCAGUGAUGCUAAAUUAGUCCUUGGUACAUUUUGUUGUAAUUGUGACAGGGACGUAUUUGAUACUUUCAGCCUUGUACCUGGCUUCGCUCAGGAAUGGCAAGAAACCAAAACAUCAGUGUAGUCUUAAAUGGUUCAGCCCGCCAUCUUGAUUCAAAAUGGCUCCCUAUUGUAUCCAAGCAUUGAUCAAAACCUGUUCCUUGAUCUCAGAACUGUCAUGCAAAAUUUGGUUACAGUAUCUUAAGAGGUGUCCCAAUGUAUAGUGAAAAGUCCCAACAGCUUUCCAAAAUAUAUGGUAGUUGGGUGUGGAGGUGCUUUUUUAAGUACCUGAGAAGAUAGAUGCACACCCACAUAAGCCCUUGUGUAUUUAUUUUAUUUUUAUUCAUUUAACAGAAUUGGUAUACUGCUGAAUUGUAAAAAAACCCCUAAGCAGUUUACAUGAAAGAAACAUUAUCGAUGAGAGUCAGGAGUUAAAAGCAAGACCUAAACAUUUCAAAGCAGAAAUAAAAUCAGUGGUUAUAAUGUAAAUUAUAACAUAGAAUGACAUCUUAAAAUGAAUGACAGCUUUAUAUGUCCCUGGGUAAAGGACCCCUGACCGUUAAGUCCAGUCACGGACGACUCCGGGGUUGCGGCACUCAUCUCACUUUACUGGCCGAGGGAGCUGGCGUUUGUCCGCAGACAGUUUUUCCAGGUCAUUUGGCCAGCAUGACUAAGCCGCUUCUGGUGAACCAGAGCAGCGCACGGAAACACCGUUUACCUUCCCACUGGAGCGGUACCUAUUUACUUGCACUUUGACGUGUUUUCAAACUGUUAGGUUGGCAGGAGCUGGGACCGAGCAACGGGAGCUCACCCCAUCAUGGGGAUUCGAACCGCCAACCUUCCAAUCGGUAAGCCCUAGGCUCAGUGGUUUUAGACCACAGCAUCACCCGCGUCCCUUUUAUGAUCCUGGGUAGGUUUGCCUAAACAAAACAGGGUUUAGCAGGACAUUGAAAAUAGUACAGAGAAGACCCCUGACUAUGUCAACAACCAUUUGAAGACAAAAUAAAAAUAGUGGAAGGCUAAGUCUUACCUCACAGGAAUGCUUUUGGCCAUUUUCUUGAAUUUAGGUAGUGUUUUAAUCCAUUUUUGCUGGGGCAGUAGUGAACCUUCAGUGGCUACAUAACUUUAUUUUCUACUGAUCCCACAUUAAAUUUAACUUAGCUUUGGUUCAAGGAAACUGGUCAUCCAGGCAUUGCUGGACCCUUAACUCUCAUCAGCUGGAGCCAGCAUGGCCAGUGGCUAAUGGCACAUGUAGUACAGCUUACUUACUUCGCCAUACCUUUACAGUGGUACCUUGGUUCUCAAACGCCUCGGUACUCAAACGCCUUGGUUCUCAAAUGCCGAAAACCCGGAAGUAAGUGUUCCGGUUUUCAAACAUUUUUCAGAAGCCGAAUGUCCGAUGCAGUUGUCGGCUAUUGUUUCUGGGACAUCUGCACCAAUCAGAAGCUGCGCCUUGGUUUUCGAACAUUUAGGAAGUCAAACGGACUUCCGGAAUGGAUUAAGUUUGGUGCUUUUGGAUUUGCUAUUUAUUUUGCAUUUUUGUUUUUGAGGCUUUUUUGGUUAAUUUGUUUUUGUGACUGUGUGGAACCCAGUUCAGCUACUGAUUAAUUGAUUGUGUGUCUGCGGAAAUGGAUAAAAGCCCCCCAUCCAAACAAUGACUAUCAUCAGAGCAAAUAAAUUUUUAUUUUUAUUUUCAUCAUCUACAAUACCGUCUUAUUAAUUUUAUAGUACAGUACAUUGAUUAUUGCUUUCAUUUAUGGAUCAGUGGUCUCGUUAGAGAGUAAAAUUCAUGUUAAAUUGCUGUUUUAGGGGUUGUUUUUAAAAGUCUGGAACAGAUUAAUCUGCUUUGCAUUACUUUCUAUGGGAACGCAUGCUUUGGUUUUGGAACGGACUUCUGGAAUGGAUUAAGUUUGAGAACCAAGGAACCACUGUAAUUGGCAUUACAAACAUCAUACAACAUCCAUGUAUAAAAAUUUAAAAUAUAUACAAAUAAACAGCCAUGUCAAAUAUAUAAUGAUGAGGAUUUUCAGUGGGAUUUCUUCCCGCUAAAUAGUGCCAUGCGCCACUCUAAGAGAUACUACUGACAAAAACUCAGCCACCCUUACAGUUACUUCUGGGUUAAUGUCAGACAGAUAGAAUCUAAUAUUUUCAUUGUGAUGUGAUGUUAGGCUACCCAAAAAAUGGAACAGCACAUGUUUGCGUAGCUGGUUGUACAAUGGACAGUAGAAAAGGAUAUGUGCUACAGCAGGCUUCCUCAACCUCGGCCCUCCAGAUGUUUUUGGCCUACAACUCCCAUGAUCCCAACUAGCAGGACCAGUGGUCAGGGAUGAUGGGAAUUGUAGUCUCAAAACAUAUGGAGGGCCGAGGUUGAGGAAGCCUGCUCUACAGUGUCCAGCACAUUCAAAGAACAUGCGCAAUGUCUGUCGUUUCUGGGGAUGUUUAAAUAUCUGCCCUUGACAAAACCUGAGGGGAAAACGUUCAGUCAGGCCAAUAUAAAGGCCCUGCAUUGGACUGGAAUUAUUAAUUUUGAGAUAUAAGUGCCCCUGUUAUCUGCUGUAUUGAAACCAUAGAACUUGGGGGAGCAAAUUUUAUUUGCAGCUGACUCGAUGUUUUGUUUUUCAAUGCCCCUUAAUCUGGUUUGAAUACAGCAAUAAAUAUAUUGCUCACUUGAAUUAUAUACAAGAGUUCCAAGUCAAUACCAAUAGAUCUGGUUUUGCUAUGUAAGAGUUGGAAGCAUCUGAAUUUAUAAGAGUCAUUAAGUAAGUCAGAGACCAGACUCAAAGGCUGGCAACAUCUGGAGGGCCACACGUUCCCUCCUCUACUAAUGUGGCUCCAUCCACUAUGUGUGCAAUCCUAAGCAUAUUGACUAGAGGUUGAGCUCUGUCUUGCCAGGAUUCAUAGAAUCAUAGAGUUGGAAGGGACCCUGAGGAUAGUCCAACCCCCUGCAAUGCAGGAAUAUGCCUUUGUCCCAUAUGGGAAUCGAAUCUGCAACCUUUGUAUCAUCAGCACCAUGCUGUAACCAACUGAGCUAUCCAGUGGUUUCAAACUCAGUUUGUUGGCCCUCAUCCAGCUAUCCAGAGUCCAGUUACUGGUCUAGACUUGCACAGCCAAUGGUCUGACUUGGUAUGAGUAGGUUUUCUGCCUGACACUCUGGUUUCCAGCUGGACACUGUUGAGGCUCUAGUUGCAGACUAAGGAGCCAAGCCUGGCAAAAUUUAAAUAUUGGCCCAUCCAAAUCAGCAUUCUCUACACCAGGGGAGGGCAGACAUCACAGCCUGUCAGGUGUGCUUUGUGGUGUUUUGUUUUGUUUUGGUUGGGUUUUUUUAAGCUAGAACCUCUCAAAAUUUACCAGAGAGCCAGGUGCUAAUGAAAUACCCUUAGAAUGAAAGGGUAGGGUUCUUUCUGAGCCAGGGAGUUUGUUGUCGGUAUCAGAACUGACCUGACCUCCUGGAUAGCCUUAUUUCAUUUCAGCAGCCUAAUUUGAUGGGGAAAGUUGUUUUGAUGUUGCUAGUGUUAUACAAUUGGGAACCAGCUCAUCGGCUGAUCUACUCCACCUUCAUUCAGAUGGUCCCCGUCAUGUCUGUGGAUUUGUGGCUGAAUAUGGGAGAUGGCACAUCCAUCACAUUAAGAAGAGGAGGUUAAGGGGUGAUAUGAUAGCCAUGUUCAAAUAUAUAAAAGGAUGUCACAUAGAGGAGGGAGAAAGGUUGUUUUCUGCUGCUCCAGAGAAGCGGACACGGAGCAAUGGAUCCAAACUACAAGAAAGAAGAUUCCACCUAAACAUUAGGAAGAACUUCCUGACAGUAAGAGCUGUUUGACAGUGGAAUUUGCUGCCAAGGAGUGUGGUGGAGUCUCCUUCUUUGGAGGUCUUUAAGCAGAGGCUUGACAACCAUAUGUCAGGAGUGCUCUGAUGGUGUUUCCUGCUUGGCAGGGGGUUGGACUCGAUGGCCCUUGUGGGCCAUCUAUGAUGUGGGCAAAUCUAUGAUUCUAUGAUUCUAUUCUAUGAAAUGUUCAUGUUGAUUUUUAAUUAUCUUUCUAUUGCUUCUUUUCUUUCUUAUAUUGUAUGUUAUUGUAUUAAAAUUUGAAUUUAAUGGGAUACAAUACAAUACAAUACAAUACAAUAGAAAGAAAUAAAAGAGGUUGUACAAAUACAAUUAAAAGCCAUACAGUACAUUACAUUAUAAUAGCUGCAACAGGUGGAAAAAAUUAUUAAGUGGUCUCCCAAGACCCUCAGCAAUUUUCAAAUGGUCCAUGCGGGAAAAUGUUUGGGAACCACUGAUCUACUGCAAAUUAUCCAGGGAUCUACCAGCAGAUCCCAAUCUACCACCCUGGUCUACAAGGACUGACAAGUACUCUUCUCCAGGGUUUCAGACAGAGGUCUUUCUCAACCCUACCAUGAUACACCAGGAAUUGAACCUGGGAUUCUGCAUGUAAUAAUAAUAAUAAUAAUAAUAAUAAUAAUAAUAAUAAUUUAUUAUUUAUACCCUGCCCAUCUGGCUGAGUUUCCCCAGUCACUCUGGGCAGCUCCCAAUCAAGUAUUAAAAACAAUACAGCGUUAAAUAUUAAAAACUUCCCUGAACAGGGCUGCCUUCUGAUGUCUUUUAAAAAUAGGAUAGCUACUUAUUUCCUUCACAUCUGAAGGGAGGGUGUUCCACAGGGCGGGCGCCACUACCAAGAAGGCCCUCUGCCUGGUUCCCUGUAACCUCACUUCUCGCAAUGAAGGAAUCGCCAGAAGGCCCUCGGUGCUGGAUCUCAGUGUCCGGGUAGAACGAUGGGAGUGGAGAUGCUCCUUCAGAUAUACUGGACCAAGGCCGUUUAGGGCUUUAAAGGUCAGCACCAACACUUUGAACUGUGCUUGGAAACGUACUGGGAGCCAAUGCAGAUCUCUCAGGACCGGUGUUAUGUGGUCCCGGCGGCCACUCCCAGUCACCAGUCUAGCUGCCGCAUUCUGGAUGAAUUGCAGUUUCCGGGUGACCUUCAAAGGUAGCCCCACGUAGAGCGCAUUGCAGUAGUCCAAGCGGGAGAUAACUAGAGCAUGCACCACUCUGGUGAGGCAGUCCGCGGGCAGGUAGGGUCUUAGCCUGUGUACCAGGUGGAGCUGAUAGACAUGCAAAGCCUUGCACUCUGCCACUGAGCUUAAUAGCCACUAGGUUCUCAGAGCCAAGGUCCCUGGUUCAAGCGCUGUGCUUCUGGGCACCCGUGAUAUUAUUUAGAUGCAUGUUUAAUCUGUUCAGUGGGCCGCAGUUACCCUUUUCUCCAAAGGUGUGUCCUGAUGAGAAGAUUGCCGGCAGCUUUUGUGUCACGUGCCUUUGUCGAUGGCCUCGUGCGUGGUUGAAGGCGUGGGCGGCAUAAUUAGGGCUUGGUACGCCCUGUGGCUGCCUUUGCCUUUGGGUUCCUCAGCAGAUGGCUAGAGAUUUUACCUCCAGCACCGCACACCGUCAAAGGGAGAGAAAGCCUUUUUUAAUUGGAAGCCAAUGACAUUCACUAAAGAGGCCGAGCCGCGUUUGUGGCACUGAUGGAUGAGCUCUGGCGAGACAGAAUGAUAACAGCUAGGCCCCUUGUGGGAAGCGAGCGGUGCGCUGUCAUUGGGAAAUGAAUGAAUGACUUUUCCAUUUCCCAUUGAUUCAACAGGGACACGUGUCGCAUGGUAAUGACCCACGUUAGAGGAUGGCGGGAGCACAAUUGAUUGUCACUGGGUGGCAUCCAGUUGGGAGAUGGUAUUUAUAACUCGCUGGUCUCUUGGAGUUCCAGAAUAUGUUGCGGGAGGGGGGGGAGGGAUUAUUUUUCAACACGCACAGAAAUAAGGAAACAAAAAAAAGGCGUUACAGACAUAUCGCCCUCUAGGUAAAGGUAAAGGGACCCCUGACCAUUAGGUCCAGUCAUGGCCGACUCUGGGGUUGCGGCGCUCAUCUCGUUUUAUUGGCUGAGGGAGCCGGCGUACAGCUUCCGGGUCAUGUGGCCAGCAUGACUAAGCCGCUUCUGGCGAACCAGAGCAGCGCACGGAAACUCUGUUUACCUUCCUGCCGGAGUGGUACCUAUUUAUCUACUUGCACUUUGAUGUGCUUUCGAACUGCUAGGUUGGCAGGAGCAGGGACCGAGCAACGGGAGCUCACCCCAUUGCCGGGAUUCCAACCGCCGACCUUCUGAUCGGCAAGUCCUAGGCUCUGUGGUUUAACCCACAGCGCUACCCACGUCCCCCAUGUCGCCCUCUGUAUGCAUGUUAUUAUCUAUCAAACUUCUGUCACAACCUUAUUCCAAAACACUGAAUGAAUGCACCCUGCAUCCCUCAGAAAUUCCUGUAAAUAAACCUUCCCAGACUCUGCACCUUCCUGAUGUUCUGGACUAUACCUGUCAUUAACCCCAGCCAAAGGGCCUGACUGGCUGAGACUGUUGCAUGUUGUACCACACAAGGGCCUUGCUAGUGGGGGUCAACACUCAAGGGCACCAAUUCCGCUGUAAUUGUAUCAACAUUGCUAAUUUAUUGAUAUGCAUAGUUCGCAAAGACUCGUGAUGCUGAUUUAGCCAGGUUUUCAAUAUUUUGGGAAAGUUUCCCUGCGACAUUCAGUCUUGCGGAAUUAUUUUAUAUGCCAAUUCCCUAAGCAUGAUGUUAACAUAAUAUUUUGGCAUGCCCCAAAGAAGAGGAGACAGGUGGAACUUACUUGAUUAUCUCCGAAAUAAUGAUAUUUACCUAUUUCUAAAGGUUUCAUAUUAUUUCACACUCCCGCCAAAUAUAUUUCAUAUUUGCUUAAUCACAAAACCAACAUUUCCUAGAUGUUUGUUUAUUCACUCUCCUGAGUCUGCACGAUCCGUAAAGGCAGUUUCCAUGUCAUGAAAUAAUACAUUUACACCCUUUUGUUACCAAGAAUCUGGUCUGUGCAUUAUCAUAGGGAGGAAAGGGUCCUUUUUACAUGUAAUAUUAUGUCUCUGCCACCAUCAUUUGUACAUUUGUAGUGACUUGCUCAACGCCACCCAGUUAGUUUCAUGGCCAGUUGGGGAUUUGAACCCUGUUUUCUUCCAGGUUCUAAUUUGAUACUCUAACCACUAUGCCCAGUGGCAUACCUAGGGGUUGGCCUCUGCCAAGAGUGGGGGCCCAGGAGGGUGCAAAAAUCGCACCUCUCUGCUCUGGCUUGGAGUGGCUCGGAGCUCACCUGCCUGUCCGCACACUCCUUGGGGAGUCCUCCACUGCUCUGGGUGGCUGGGCAAGGUGCAUAGGCUCGUCUGCAAAGGGCACAAGGGACAUGGGCACAGGUACAUCUCCUUGCCAAGGGUGCAAGGAAGCCUGGGUACGCUUCUGACUAUGCUACAUGUUAUGCUGCAGAGUGAUAUACCGUAUUUUUCGCUCUAUAAGACGCACCAGACCACAAGACGCACCUAAUUUUUGGAGGAGGAAAACAAGAAAAGAAAAAAUUCUGAAUCUCAGAAGCCAGAACAGCAAGAGGGAUCGCUGCGCAGUGAAAGUAGCAAUCCCUCUUGCUGUUCUGGCUUCUGGGAUAGCUGCGCAGCCUGCAUUCGCUCCAUAAGACGCACACACAUUUCCCCUUACUUUUUAGGAGGGAAAAAGUGAGUCUUAUAUAGCAAAAAAUACGAUAAGCAAAAGACAAGUCCCUGCCCCAAGGGCCUUCACAUUUAAAUUUCAGCACAUGGGAAAGAAAGGGAAGGGAAGGAGGUGAGAGGGAGAGAGUAUGCAGCAUAAAUCAGUUAUGUCUUCUUGAGCUUUUGUUGCCCUUAGUUCAUGAAUGCCAGGCUAAAACCGAUUCUUGGCCUGGGUAGCCAUUCCAUGAAAAUGGAAAAUGAAAGCUGAUGUUUUGUUUUUUAAUCGGGAUGGGGAAUAGGAGUAAAACAGCACAUAACUUAAUCCAAAAUCUACCCAGGGAACUGCCAGGAAAGCUCAACACCCCACACUCAAGAAAUACAUUCAUGCAGAACCAUAUAAUGCAUGCAAAUAUGCUUAACUUAAACGGCUCGAUAUGCAGGUUUUAUUUUGGGUAGGUGGUUGGGGUGUAGGAAAAGAUGCGGCCUAAUAACUAGAGGAGGGACACGGGUGGCACUGUGGGUUAAACCACAGAGCCUAGGACUUGCUGAUCAGAAGAUCGGCGGUUCGAAUCCUCGCGACAGGGUGAUCUCGCAUUGCUCGGUCCCUGCUCCUGCCAACCUAGCAGUUCGAAAGCACGUCAAAGUGCAAGUAGAUAAAUAGGUACCGCUCCGGCGGGAAGGUAAACGGCGUUUCUGUGCGCUGCUCUGGUUCGCCAGAAGCAGCUAAGUCAUGCUGGCCACAUGACCCGGAAGCUGUACGCCGGCUUCCUCGGCCAAUAAAGCGAGAUGAGCGCCGCAACCCCAGAGUCAGCCACGACUGGACCUAAUGGUCAGGGGUCCCUUUACCUUUACCUUUACCUUUAAUAACUAGAGGCCAGGAGAAACAGCUAGGUGACAAGUCUUGCAAGACAGAGGAUCUGCGCCCUAUGGAUACUUUUCCAAUAUCCCUUCACAAAUCAUGAGGACUAGCUAUAAAGAGAAUUACUUCGCCAUGUAAAUGAUUGUGCAAGGCACAGUCUAUUCUUGUACAGCAGCCCUGUGAAAUGGCUUUGGGUUGAGUGAUGGUACCUUGCCCAAAGCCACCCUGAAAGCUUUGUUCCUGAGCAGAGACUUGAACCUGGGUCUCCCCCGUCCAAACGCAUAUGUGCUGGAAAUCGCAUGAGCAUGCACAGAGCCGCAUAAGAGAAAUUAUUCCAGUGACACGGGUGCUUUGUAGCAAAGUGACGAACUCAGGCUAAGCUGGAGGUGGAAAUGGAUCGAGGUGCAAUCCGGAUGGACUCAGACCUCACCUCUUAACAUUCAUAUACAGUGGUACCUUGGUUCUCAAACUUAAUCCGUUCUAGGAGUCCGUUCCAAAACCAAAGCGUUCCAAAACCAAGUGCAUUUUCCCAUAGAAAGUAAAGCAAAAUGCAUUAAUCCAUUCCAGAGUUUUGAAAACAACCCGCAGAACAGCAAUUUAACAUGAAUUUUACUAUCUAGCGAGACCAUUGAUCCAUAAAAUGAAAGCAAUAAACAAUGUACUGCAGUCACACAAUCAAUCAAUCAGUAGCUGAACUGGGUUCCACACAGUAACAAAAAGAAAGAGCCGCAAAAACAAAAUGCAAAAUAAAUAGCAAAAACAGACAGACCUCAGUGUAACACUCAAAACGGAAGUGUGGCACUCAAAACGGAAGCGUAACACUCAAAACAGAGCACGUUCAGCUUCUGAAAAAAGUUGGCAAACCAGAACACUUCCGGGUUUGCAGUGUUUGGGUUCCAAAUUGUUUGAGUACCAAGGCAUUUGAGAACCAAGGCACCACUGUAUUCAUUUGUUCAUUUGCUUAUGUAGUACCCUCAACCUGUGUGGUGCAAGAAGGCCCUGAGGAGCAUCCAAUCUGAAGUUUGAUAGAAGAAAGGGGGGGGAAGUGGCAAGUGGGGAAAAUAAUGUACCAUCACUCCAAUUGCAUGUGCUUGGCCUUGGUUAGAGGCUUAGGCUGCAGUCCUAACCCUGCUUAACCAGUGAGGAAGCCCCAUUGACAUACUGUAUUUUUCACUCCAUAAGAUGCACCUAGUUUUUAGAGGAGGAAAACAAGAAAAAAAAAUAUUCUGAAUGAAACAGUGGAUGUAUGAUUUUUGUGGUUCAUGCUGUGGCCACAGACAUGAUAUGUGAUUUGAUGGUGAGUUUGGUGUAGCCCAAUGCAAAAAUCCUGAGAAUCCAUGUGGAUCCGUGCUUUGUAACCACGUUUUUGUGCCAUUGCGGCCCCACGAAACAAUGGAUGCGUGAUUUUUUGGUGCAGGCUGUAGCCAUGGACAUGCUAUGCGAUCUGAUGGUGAAUUUGGGGUGACCCAGUACAAACAUCCUGAGGAUCCAUGUGCUUUUACCUCCCCCCUCCCAGGCAGCCUCCUUUAUUGCUAGAGUCCCUUAUCUCCCCUUCCGAUCGCUUGCUGAUCAGCUGAUCAGCGGCUUUGUUUCAACACCCCCUUUCCCUCUUUCUAAACAAACAAAAAAAAAAGCACGAUCUGCUUUUUGCCCCAGGGCAAUUCGGCUCCAGGGACGACGCAUUGGCUCCAUAAGACGCACAGACAUUUCCCCUUACUUUUUAGGAGGAAAAAAGUGCGUCUUAUGGAGUGAAAAAUACAGUACUUCUGGGUAGACUAGCUUAGGACUGUGCCCUAAAGUGUAGCAAGAGAACUUGGGUUGUGCCAAAGGCUCCAAGGGAUGGAUUGAGGAAGGAUUUGGUGCAAGUGAGAGCGAGGGGUCACACAGGUGUGUGCUGGGAGGCAGUUCCAAGCUUAUGGGGCAGCAAGGGAGAAAGGCAAUUGGAAGUGCUUGCGGGAGCAAGAGCGGUGACUGGUGGUGGUGGAGGGCAGGGACUUGGGCAGGGAUUUGUUGCUGGGAUGAUAUGAACAAAGAGAUCGACCACAAAGCAAACUAGAAGCCAGCGUAGCAAUUUCAGGACAUAUGGGUCAGAGCAAGGAGUGAGGCAAAUGCGUUUGUCAGAGUGCCUGAUAAAAUUGAAGGGACAUAGGUAAAACCACAGAAGGGUAGAGAGGAGAAGGUUGCAAGAGAAGAUGAAAAGCAGGGUGAGGGUCAGAGUUUCUUGAGUCUUUGCUGAAGAGCAGAAGAGACAAAGAAGGGCUGUAUUUUUGUGAUGUGCUUGAAUAUGGGGAACAAAGGAGAGUGAGGAGUCAAAGAUCAGGCCAACAUGAUGAGAGGCUAAAAGAAACUGAGGUGCCUUAUUGGACCCUAUUUUCAGAGUUCCCCCAGCCCUGAACCCAGGCAACCAUCUUAUAUUUCCUUCCUUCUUUCGACAGGCUUGAUUAUCCACGAAGGCUCCUCGGUGUAUCGAAUAUUCAAGCGUUGGCAAGCGGUGAACCAGCAGUGGAAGGUGCUGAACUACGACAAAGCCAAGGACCUAGGGGAACCAAUUGGCGGGAGCACAAAGCCCGGAGGGCGGAAUUCACGGACGAACCCCUCCUCGGGGAGUGAGAGGACCUCCCAGCGGGGCCAGCGGGUUAGGACUAUUUUGAACCAUCACUGUGGUUAUACAAUUCUGCACAUUCUCAGCCACCUGCGGCCUAACGAACAUCGCGGGGGCUCCAGUUCCAGCCGCGAGGUUGUCAUGAGGGUCACGACGGUAUAAUAACAGCCUACGGGGCCUUUACCAGGAGGGAGAGGCUCCACAGUUCCCAUGGAAGGAAGAAGCUGAGGCCUUCAUCUUCCGCACAGGCUCCAUUCCGAGCCCUUACGGGGCAGGCCGCACGCUGUAUACUGUCCGACGCAGGAGGUUGCCUGGUUCCGUGGUGUUGCCGCCGCAGACCCCACCCGCCUCUUCCUUGUUGUGCGUGGGGAGUGCCUCAACUUGGUUGCACCUUCCUACCCUCCCAUCAAUGUGAAUUUUUUUUCUUUCUCUCUCCAUCCAGCUUGUGGUGAAAGGAGAGACAACCCCCCUCCCCCCAAAAAACCCCCCAGACCCUCCUUUGUUAUGACUAAACUCCUUGGAAGUGUGGUGGGGUUUUUAUUUAUUUAUUUAAUUUUUUAAAAAUCAAAACAACAACACACACAAAAAAAACAACCAGCCCCUGCCUGGUUCCUUCUGAACGAGUCUUGGCGCCAACCAAUCCAGAUAUUUGAAAACAUUUUUACCUCAUCUUUCAAAGGAAAUCCUGCCAGAAGACCCAUCCUGCCUUUCCAACCCAUCCCAUUGGUCUCUCUGACUGGGAGACACCAACCAGAGAGGUUCUGAACUUUUACCCAUCCCUCCAAAAUAAUAAUGGUGCAAUAAACAUGUUUCUUAAAGCAAAAUGGCAUCUUGCAAUAAGAUAUAUUACCUGUGCAUUUCAUCUUUAAUUUAAUGCAUGGAAAUCUCCUUCUCUUCCUCCCUCUGCCCC